AUGGCCGAUGAUGUAUGUGCAGGAAGUCAAGCACCGACAGUCGUGCAGAUUUUGAGGUCGGAUGGUAUUUUUCAUGUAUUUAACUACAAUUUGCUAGGGAGUUUGCAGAAGGCAGUUUUACGUAGUGUAAACAAGGAAAACAAUUCUGUGUCAGUGCAGUGGCACGAAAAUAACCACAAUCGAAUAAAAGUGGUAAACAAGUUAGCCAUACGAUUAAUUUCAGCUCCCUAUUGAUGCACUACUGAGGCUUAACCCAUCGCUUAUCUACUACGUAAGUUGUUCGUUAACAGUCGUCAUAUUCUAGAAAGGACACUUUUAUUCCCGCUGUAGCAAUGAAAAUUGCACACAAGCUCUGGCUGAGUUCGUUAACCUGGAACCGAGUCGAAGCGCAUAUCGUAAUUCGUAAGUGUUCUUUAAAUCUGUUAUGAAGCUCAUCGUGAGGCAGCUACCGCUUCGCCUAUUGCAUAUCAUGGCCAUGGUUCAAAUGCUAGUAAGAGGUUCAUAUUAACUGAAAAAACGACCAACUCACUUAUCCUGCGGAGUAGGCUUUUUCACUGCACACGUUAGCCUAAAUAUAAAAAGGCAUUUUAUGUCCGUUUCAACCCCUUUUAGUUGACAGGGCAAGAAUAUCCAGGGCUUUGUUCGAUAUCAGAGAAUGCAGCUUAUAAGUGAAAAGUGUUCCUCUAAUAUAAGGCGUAAACUUCCCGUCAGCGACCUAACACAGGGCGCUCGAUGGGGACCGAGACCACUCGUGCCCGCCAAUGGUUGGUCAAUCAGUUUUUAACAGGUAGGCCAAAUAUCGUGCUUUUGACACAGUUAAAUACGAUGAAAUACACGAGACUGGGAUAGUCCGAAAUAAACAGUCAUAUCACAACUCUAAUGACUGAAACACGGGGGUUUCCGAGACGUCGGUAAGGGUACAUUUUGGUUCAUCAAUUCACUGUAUGUAAAAUGUCAAUCCUUCCCUCAAGUUUGAAGUUAGUGUUAAAAAACCUGUAAAUGAAUCACUACGUGACAGAUCAUACGAGCAUCUAGAACGAACUCUUAAUUUAAAAUUUUGUGUUGGUCAGCAUGCAACUCUCAGGUACAAUAAGCGAGGUUCCAUAGGCAUCGACAAUUAAGACAUGCAAGAAUGACGAGCAGUUUUGGUUUAUAAUGUGACGCAAGUAUCAUAAUCGUCAUGAAGUAUAACGGUGUUCGUUUUUAUAAUGUCACUUAAACGAAGCGUUUUUAUCUGGGAUCAUGACUAAAGUUUAAGUAAUCGUUUUUAGAUCUUAUCGACUACUUCUGAUAACAGCGCAUAACUUCGACGAUUCACUUGCCUUCUAGUCCACUCAUUGGCGGUUUGGAAUGUGAUAGUACCGUUCCGGAACCCGAAAUCCCCUUAUCCUCAGCACGGCUAUCACCGGAUGCUUCCCUUCACACUUCCUACUCUGCAAGUGUUCUUUCAACGAUCGGAAAAAACUGCAAUUCGAGCUCACAUCUCACGUCAUUAAGUGGACGUUCAACAAGGACUGACAUUACCGGUACAGCCAGUUUCCAUACCAAUCCACGCAGACGCAAUAGUAAAGUCGAAAAACCCCUGGACCACCUUUCAAGAAUCACCGUGUGCGUCAGAAAAAGACCUCUCAAUAUUCGGGGUUAGAAAGCCAUUUAUAAACAUCUCUGAAGGCGGUCUGCGCACAUGCUCUGUCACAAGUUUUACUUUUCUUUUGCAUCUUAGGCAUUUUAAAGUGACGACUAUAACUACGUUUGGCGCGGAUACUAGUAACUAUGAGCAGAUACUGCUUUAAGAUCGCCUGCUAUUCUCACAAGUCCAACACUUCCUAUGUUAGAUAACCGAAUGCAGCUUUGCACUCAAUUGAUGCUCCCUUAUCCGCAAAUUUUCAUUGCAUUGGUAAAGUUGCUGGCAUGAACCCAAUAGGUUGGACUUUCGACUCCGUCUCAGUCCGUGCAUCCAAGUAAUAUGUUGACGUUGGUGAUUAAUUCGCAUACCGCAGGCAUGCACGCAUUUCAUUCAAUAUGUUCGUUCAUGCAGACACGUUAAUAUAGAUACAAAAUAAGUGUUCGAAACUCAUAUUACCCUAUCCUGCAAAAUACGACUGACACCUGUCAAUAAUUUUUACCGGAAUAGACAGAUCUUAUCGGAAUGAGGCCAAACAGAGUGUAUAAAAAGAUACAUUCUGCUAUCUUAGGGUCAAAUAGGAAGUUAAAUCAAGUACAGCGCUCCUUAUUCAUGCAUUUAAUGCAAGCGACCCGGAAGUUGAUGUCUGCUAAGUCUUGAUUAGUAAGUAUUGAUGGGCACUAAGACCGCUUGGAUUUAACUACUUAGCUUGUAAAAGGGGUGAUGACUUAGCUAUAGCAAGACAAAGGCAUUCCAGAACCAUUUAGAUUACUUUCCCAUUUAGUCCAGCGCGUUAUUGAAGACUCAUGUUCUAGGUAACUUGGUGUCGUUCGUCAUUCGACUGUGUUCCUAUCAGCUAUUAACCUGCAGUGUGUUCAUUUUCUUAAAGAAAAGGCCUGUGGAGACAUUGAAAUCGUAGACACAUCGACACCCGGCUCCAUUAUUGUCAGUGAACCGCGAUAUCGUGUUGAUUUUGUGGAAUUUACGGAAAAGCAAACAUUUCGCUUUGACUACACUUUCGAUGAAGACGCAACUACGAGAGAGGUGGGUGUUCAAAUACGCGUAAAUAUCAUUCAUAUCAAUCGUUUCCACCCUAUUAUUUUGAGCUUUGUUUUUAAACACUACGAUAGUUCCGUAGUCUCUCUUAUCAUCGCUGGUGGCUAUAUGACUGGCUCCUACGUCUGCAGGUUGCACAUUAGAAAGCGUAUGUCCUGCAUCUAUCGGCGAACACCCUCGUAGCAAAUUUAAUAAUCCGACCGCCAAUAUGCAGUACAAGGGAUCCAUGGCUCAGCGACAGGCGUUGAACUGAAAAAUGUCCAAUGGUCAGGGAAUCGUGGUUCGAAUCCAAAAUCUAAAGUUAGAUAUGUAUAGCUGCCGUCGACUUAUAAGCUAAAAACGGCCAUCCCAGUUUCUCUAGGUUUGCCGGAACUCUUUCCUAUAAUAUUGCCCGCCCAUGUUAUAGUUUGAGCAGUGUAUUGUAGGCAUGUAAAAACAAAAGACUUUCUUCGAGAGUCGGCUUUUUGAAUUAUGAAUCAAUAUUCUGUGAACUUAUAAUUUAAAAAAACUGAACUUACAAGACGAACGAUUCGACCUCUGCAUACACGUCUGCACCCUGCAAGCAUUUGCGUUAGAUAUAUUUGUACCGUGGAUAAUAGAAAAUUAUUCAAACCUUGACGUAGUCAAAUAUAAGAUCUCUUCCAGACUGACUGUGAGCCAACACCACCAUCUUCCCCCGGGUUGUCAAUACUGUCAUAACAUUUAGUUUAUGCGGGACUAGUAAACAGUUUCUGCUGCAUUAGAUCAGACUUUAUGCUGCACCGCGGGUCAAAGAUAACAUUGACGAUCGGCCCAAACGUCCACUGCAUGUUUUCAUUCGAAUCAUUCGAAUCCUCUAGAUUCUGCAUGAGAUCAGCCAGCACAUUCGGCUUCUUUAAAAACAAGCCUUCUGUGCGGAUGCAAAACAUGACUCGCGCGCUCAGAACACAUGAACCCUCCUAAAAUCUCCGAAUAAUGGUGCCUUCUUUAUAUUUUUAAAAUAAGUCUCCUUGACUGUGUCUCCGACGAAAAAUUAUGAAUUGGGAUAGAGGUUUUACUGGUCUAAUCUACUUUAUCCACUCGUUGACGCGUCGGUCGCAUGUUGCGUCAAACAGUAGGUGAAGACGUUUCGGGUGUGACCACGCCCGAACCUUACCUUGAUCAGUGUCCCCGCCGAGGCGCCAACUGAAGACUUGUGUAGACAUGAUGAAGGCUGAUCGCGAGCGCAUUUCCAGCCUUGUAGACUUUGGCUUGUUCGACUGGUAUUGAAAGAGGUGUGAUAAAGUUUGGAGGUAGAACCCAGUCCCAUAAGCAGUAAUGAGUGCUGCCGAAAGUUAAGAAAGUCAGACGAAACGAAAAGAAUGAGGGAUGUGGUUUUCAAGCGUCAGUACGCACGGUCAAAUCAUCAUAGCUGGUCAACUAACCGCUUUGUCAAUGAGCAGGUACUUGUUCAAGCAAAUAAGACUCUGGAUAUUUGGUGUUUUCCGCGUAACGCCCGACAGUACAAAAGGCGAUAUCAACGUUGACCUUAAGUCGUGGGCCGAAGGACCGGAGGUCACUUGUUGAACCACGCAUAUUCCUUUGCUUUAGUAGUGACGACAAUUUGACCGUUACAAACGACGACAUCCACCUCUGUUCAACAAGAUAGUCUUAGGCACUGACUUGUCAGUGAACUCGUCUACAGUAUAACGGACUUUUGAAGGAUCUUCCUCACUCCUCUCUCAGAUCGCAAGACCUAGUUUGGACGACCGGUGUUGAGAACCGUUGACAACCUACGCUUCAUCUGUAGCAUACGAAGUUACGUUCACCAUAAAAUGAGCAGAGAGGGAACCAGGACAAAAGUGAAUUAAGUUCAAUCAGAAAUGAUGUCAUUCACUAAAGAGCUUACUUGACCAUCACAGAAAAAUAGCACAAAAAGAACUAAUAGUUGUGCACGAAGUAGAUGACACCAGUCAUUUCCCAUAUUUCAGUUCUUCGGAAUCGUUGAAAGCCGGUGUGAAUAGAAUAUCGUAGAACCCUUUCUAGUGCCAUACUGAGUAUGGUAGGACAAUCUCAAAUGCGAUAGUAAAACCUUCCUUAGAACCGCCAGAUUGACGUUAGCGAUGGGAACGGACUUGAGUACUUGAAACAGGUGGAGAAGGGCACCCCAUUCGAAACCUCAAUCAGGUCUAAGAUUAUAUGUCCCCUCUACCAUUUGAAUAUUCCCGCUCGCAACCGACGGACAAGGAGCUCGUAGCUCAGUGGUUAGAGGCGUUCGCCUUCUAACUUACAGGUCGCAGGAUGGAGCCCCAGGUGUUGCACACUUCUGGGUGGGCUAUGACUGGCUGACGACGUCUAAUAAGUCAGAAAUGGCUAUUUCAGUCUCCCUUGUCUUUGUAGGUAAUGCUAUUCUGCCUAUAUCAGGCGCCGCUGUGCGGUUUCUGGCAGGACUCAAGAGAGAGAGCACGUAAUGCACAACGGGACGACUGAGUUUCGUAACACGAUCGGUGAACACCUAUAUACCAUAUAUACUAAUAUUGUAGGCUGCAGACGCUGAUAGUAAACUAAACGGCAGGGGACUUGGUUUGUAACCGUGAACUCUGCUGUUUCUUCUAGUGCUCGGAAUUUGGCGACGAGCCGUAGACUCGAAGCAAAUACCGAUCGGCUUUUGUGAUUUGUUCGGUUGAAAGCACACUUUUGUUACUUCUCUGGGCAAUUGUCGUUUCAUGCUGCUUUCUUCACAAAAAGAGAAUACCAUGACGGAGAUAGUAAUUAUUCCCCCCCCCCUCCCACAAAUGCUUGUCUCUCUAAUGUGUUUGUCCGGUAUUGCUUUCCUUCUUCAAGGUUUAUGAAAAGUCAGCUGCACCUCUGCUUCGCUCCAUCUUCGAAGGAGCUAUGGCCACUUGCUUCGCCUACGGGCAGACCGGCUCCGGGAAAACAUACACAAUGAGUGGACCCCCCGACAUGCUAGCGGGCUAUCCUGUCUUUUCUGAGGGUCUCCAGGGGAUGGUAGGUAAGAUCCUCUGCUUACAGCUUACGAUGCACUUAGAAACCGAAGUCACGCAUCUCUAUUUUGCUCGUAGCCCUUGCUUGAGCAUGAUCUUCAAGCUCAUCCGGUUUUGUACAGUAGCCAUUGGCGGAAAAAUAACCUUGUAGAAUACUAACUAGAGGAUGCCCUAGUGCUUGAAGCCAAUGGUCUGAAUGCUGCGUAAUGCAAGCGUGCCAUAGAACUUCCCUGAACUUCUUUCGGAUGGUGAAAUUGCCUAAAAUGUUUACCGGCCUUAGAAUGUUUGAGUUACCAAACGUUUGUUUUAGCCAGUUCAGUUUGCUCAGGCAGCUAGCCAUUCCUUGAGAACGCCACUUUCUCUCGUGAAAAGUGGACUGUUCCAAUAAAGACGAGUUCGCUCAUUAGCCUAGUUGCUGGCGACCACCGCGUCAGCAGGUGGGGUAUAGUGAAACGACAUUCAGUGAGGGCUAGGUGCCAAAUAAGCUUGCUCUCGGGUUCGACGAACAAGCAAACGUAAACUAUCGGCGACUGUGCUACCAGGAUGCGCUGGACGACAUCUGUGACGCUGGCCAGCUUAGGAAAUGCUGUAAAGUUCGAUGAUGGCACUCUGACCUAGCGACCGUGCGCAUUCAUUAAAUAAGUCUGUUUGCCACCUCUUCUUACGAUUUGGUUUUUGGGCUAAAGCACUAGAAGAGAAAACCUCGUACAGCGGAAUCUGGUAGAGCGGAAUCUUGAUGCUGGAUGCUGUACUGUGUGAACGCCCCCAAAGUGUGGCACCCAAAGUCUGUUGUCUGCACUCCCCAUCAUCAUAGCUUGGAUAGUUGCUGCCUGUAUAAAUUUCGAACCCUCUCUCCGUCUCGCGGGAAAAUGAGGUCCAGUGAGUCACAUGCCACCUCACCACAUAUUACAAUCCCGCAUGUAGCUAUCCAACUAGAUACCGUGUUGCAAUCGCCCCCUUACGACAUCUGGGCCGUGGAUCGUUUGCGUAGGAAUCGGUCAGGGAGCGUUUAGCUUCGACUAACUGAGGUGGGACCUAAUCGGAAUUCGUUACAUGUCAGUAUCAGCCGUUAACAAGCAGGCAUCUUUGAAAACUGUUUGAAAGACAUCCUUGCUGUGAUCUGCUAAUUGCUGUCGGGGCCUGAAAUGUUGUGAGACUGGACUUGAAGGCAGUUCAUCUAGUCAGCUUAUGAAAUGCUUUUGGUUUAGCUGUAGACGCGACAAUGUGAAGAUAAUGUUGAACUCUUUCGAUCAGAAUUAGCUGUUUGUCAACAGCACGGAAUUCCAGCACAGCCACAAACGUCCUCUGACCUUGUAUUUACUCGACUACUCCACAGGUAGUCAGACUAACUCUAAUCUAGUGGGUUGAGGAUUUCGCAGCCAGUUUCAAAAAGCUAAAUCAAUACGUGGAGCCGAGGCUAAUAACGUCUCUAGGUCAAACCAUGUGCCCGUUCGCACAUAUUUGACCGUUCACAUCUCAUCUGCACCCAAAGGAUUCUGUGUAAGACACCUAGAUGGCAGAAAACGAUGAUCCAGAGCGCGAAUCUGGCCUCGUUUUACGACCCGAGUCGAAGGAAAAAAUAGUAAUAAAUGGUCAUCAUUGAAAUUUGCACUCUAUGAGAUAACUAAUAAAGUUUUUUCGAUUCACUCUGCGGAUCACAGAAAGUGACUGAAUCAAGGGAAAAACCCUGCAGUUGUCCGUCUACACGGCUCGAGCCAGGUCCCACACCAAUGCUUUUUUUUCUGUCAGCACCAAAAGACGGCAAACUCUGCUUGUGGUGUUAGAAAAAAUUGGACUGAAAUGACAACCUCCAUGGAUCAGGUCUUAAACGUUGCUGACACUCCAAAGUCGGUUGGACGCGGGAACAUGGACCUCCCGCAUCACAGGUGACCUUGUACUACAUUCCAGGAGCUACCUAAUCCCGUGUCAUAACAUGAACCCUAGUCUUAACCCCAACCCUAACCUUAAAACUGACCCUAAUUCCUCAGGGAGUUUAGCGCAAGACCAUCUGUGAUAUGCUGAGGGGUACUUAUUCCCUUGGCCAGCGAGAACUAUAAAAUUAUGCGUAUAGUUAGUGGUAGGCCCUCUGCAAUUGAGUGGUUCCGUUCACGAUUUGAAUGGCGGCUUCAUUGGUGAAAACUCGACCGGGUUCAGUCACAUUCUCAAAUUCGAUUACCAAGCCAUCACAACCUCGCCUUCCUCUACGGUAAACCUCUUCCUCAAUAUAAUGCGUCCCAAUUCAGAUAUAUAACACUGGACUGUUCAAGAACAAGACGCACAUAGAGGCAGUAUUUCAAAUGAAGUCCAUAAGUCUUGUGUGGACACUAUGGCGUCCCAAAUCCGCGAGGUGAUUGUGUAAGCGUGGGGAAUGAGCUCGCUCUAACUAACUAGGUAUCGGCUACCCUUUUGCCUACUUUCAAGAAGUGAGGUAAAAAGAAGCGUGGAAACUACCGUGGCGUAAGCCCUAUUGACGUUGCUGUAGCCGCUUCUGCUAUUUUCUUUCUCAGACAGUUUUAGGCUGUGCGUGGCUUUAGGAUUAAAUCUAACUAAUCCAGAUCGCGAGCUAAACUUGAGCACACUGUCAAACCAUUUACGCCGUGACACAUUUUUCUAUUCCGCCAUGACCCCAGUAACCGACGAGUGCCUGCUUUGUUGACUUCAGCGCAGCGCACGAUUCCACUCGUCGGUAGUCCCUGUAGCGGAUAGUGACAAUGGAAAGUAUGUCGGCUAACAUCGUUGCCAUAAUUCGGGCCUUCUAUCGCUCCAUCACCUCGCGGGUUCUGAUAUACAGAAAUCUUUCCAUGCCAUUUAACAUUCGGUCGAACGGUCAGCAAGAUUACAGUCUUUCGUUCAUUUUGUUAAAGUACACCGCGGAGUAGAUUCUCAGAAGGACCCUAAACGGUCGGCUGACUGACCUCGACUACUCUCAUAAUAUGGUUCUGUUGACGUCUAAUUUUGCUGACCUACGGAACGUAGUCUCAUGAGCAAACGAGAUCGCUAGAGUGCUUUCGACCUGCAUCUCUAACCAGAAGUAGGCACUCCUCGGGGUUAUUUGCUGGCAACAUGAAGAAGUGGACAGUUUCAAAUGCUUCGAAACGUGGAUGCUGCCGAAUAGACAGCGUCUCCGGAAUCUAUGCCCUCACAUUUCUGAAACCUGCCUAUGAACUCUACGCGACAACUCCACUGCCACAAAGAUCGGCACGUAAGAGGCAUCUGUUCGGUCCCUCCGCUUAUUAUUUUACGAACGCAAGGAUAUGUGCGUGAAAAAUGGGUAAAUUCAGAGGUGUUUGACCGUCAGGCUCGUGAACCAACCCCUUGAGGAAGUAUGCUGAGUUUGUCUCGGAAGACGCCGUCUGGAUUUGCUGUAAGAUCGCGAGGUCACACCUGAAAGACGACGGAACUGGGUGAGGAAUCUCCAUUAUAGGCUCAGUGUUUCUAUCCGCUAUCUGACGUCGCUACUCAGACCUGCGUGAGUGGUUGGUGCUGAUCUCUGCAGCUGGUGCUCUAAAUCUUAGCGAAUGUAUCGUCUGAAAGAUUGUAAAAACGUUGAACCAUGUCUCGUAUCGCUGUUAACAUUUCUGAUAGAUUAAACAAUUCUUGAACUGGCUGCUAAUGUGUUUAGCCAGGCGGGUCCCGAGGAGAAUAGCCUAUCCGUAUGCCCAACAGUUAGCCACUAACUUAUUAGUUAGUCGCCUAAGUCUAGCUGCAAAGUAAAGUAGUCGCGAUUCAGUUUCAAACGAUAUAAUAACCGCUUUGUAUUUGGCAUGCGAGAAAAUGAAGUGUAUGCAUACCAGACCUUCAGCAGUCGUGGGCGGUAUCCGGAGAUUCUGCCAAAGACUGCAAAUGUUGCUUUCGGCAUCUGAUUUUGUCAAUCGCACAGAAAGCUCAUGACGCUUGGUCAUUUUCGAUGCAUUCAGCGUCCUAGAGAGGCGAGUUCGUAUUCGGCUUUAUGAUGAAUAGCGAUGCGUAUAUUGACCGCUUUUGAGAUUGAUAAUCAUCGAAAUUCAGGCUUCCAGCCUACUGUUAUCCUCCAGUAAUUGCUACUUGAAUUUUAGUCUGCAGCUUCGAGAUGACACCUUUAUUUCUCAUUCACUUAAAAUCUAUCCUUUCACUUUUGUUCUAGUUUCAGAUCUGUUUAAGCAACUGGCUGCCUCAAAUCUAACCUCCACGCACUUCAUAACCGUGGCGUUUUUUGAAAUCUACUGUAAUAAGGUGGGUGCCAGGAGGUCAUUUUUACAAACUUUCUGCUAAAUGCCUACUGAUAUUGCAAAGCCUACUUCUCCAAAUGUUCGUUAGGGGUACUACCAAGGGCUGCCACAAUCGACUCAGGAAUUAAGCAGACGAUCUCACAGGUGGCCAAUUUCGAGACUGCUAAAUACCAAUCAAGAAAGGAUUUUCCAUCAGUAAAUGAUGUGAAAACACGCCUAAGUAAAGAAAAGGGGCAUACGAUCAGUCCUUAUGUUGGUUUCGGUUUUUUUGCGUACAGGGGCUCAUCAGCAAGGUCGUUCGAGCUGGAGUAACAAGUACGUACUGUUUGCAGUUCCCAACGGCCUGCCGACUGCGUUUCCUCGGUUGAGAAAUGAACUGCUCCAUCCUGCUGUCUGCGCGGUACGCGCGAUACGCAUACUGCCCUGUUUUGGUACCGCUCGAGCCACUAUUUGUGUGCCGGUAAUGCUUAGUUCCUGACCUGCAUAAAGAGCCUGGGCAGAAACCUAAACAACAGGUUGCAUCUUCGGGUUGCCCCUCCAUGCGUAUGCAUUCAUGGCAGGGCAGCUGUGAUAAGGAGUCUAAUAAACUGCCUAGGCUGAUUGCUUGCGUCUAAUUGAUUCUCUAUUCGUACGAUUCUUUGUCAUACGGCAACCUCCGGAUACUAAGUGAUGUCUGCGUCACAUUUUUCAGAAAUGCGUUCUGAGGUAUCUGGUACGUACUUUGUAAGGCGUUGGCGGAUCUUCCACUCAACGGGUUUCGCUGCAGAUGCGUUGUGCCAAAGAAGGGGCACGAGACUUUAGACUCUAUGCGUGCUUUCACUCGACCAGGCUGAGUUUGCGGGAUUACCACAACCACCACCACCACCACCACCACCACCACCACCACCACCACCACCACCACCACUGCUGCUGCUGCUGCUACUAAUAUGAGUGCUGCUGUUGUAGGUGCUACCUCGACCGUUACCACUGCUGCAGUUGCUGCCACCAUUCCCAAUGGUACAAUCGCCGCUGCUGAUCCUUGUACUGUUGCCAUGUUUAGUUAAAAAAUGUAGACUGACAGACAUAGAGAGGAACUGCCGACAAUAUCUGUUUCGGAAGAAUAUUCGGCCUCUGUAAGGAGAUAUGUCCUUCAACAGCCCCUUAUGCUCAUCGGUGUUGGGCCGUCUCCAGUCGGGGGACGCAUGCGGUUGAAGCAUGGUGGGGAACUACAAGCAACGAGCAACCAGAAGGGUGCAAAACAAGUUUGCAGUCAUCUUUGCCUCCACCUUACCCUCGAGAACGCAAACAUUUGACUUGGUAACAUAGUGAUCAUAUUUGUUUAAGCAAAUACCGUUACCAUAAAACCGCUUCCAACAGCGCCGGUAUUCGAGUUCACGGGGCCUCCCCAUCUUAGGCUCUUUUUGUUCAUAAUGUUUGCGGAGGAUGUAAUUGCGGUUAUGUCGUUUUAAGGUGUAUGACCUGUUGAACAACAAGAGCACGAUUCGGGCACUGGAGGAUGCGUCCGGGCGCGUACAGUUGGUCGGACUCAGCGAGGUCCUCGUGAGAAGCGCUGCUCAGGCCCUGGUGCUCUUACGUCAGGGUUCGCUGUUGAGGACCAGUGGCCAAACCUCCGUCAAUGUCAACUCCAGUCGAUCACAUGCGAUUUUCCAGGUAAAAUGUAUGUACCUCAACGGGCCUUUAUUUUCGCAGUCCUAUGCUACCAACCUUACUUAUAUCUUUCAGCCUGCUAUGUUCAUAAUCCCUAAGUGCCUCCACAAGGAUGACUGGACUUCUAUUUGUUCUCUCAGUCUGCACAGCGUGUUUAUUUUGCACGAAGUGGCCACAUCGGACGAACAAUCUUGAACCAAAUAACUCGUGUUGCAAGAGACCGCACGUGAAACUCACGUAAAUGGGAGGUAUAAUUCGUACCAUAUUAGUGCUACGCAAUACAACUCCAAUUCAUUGUUCGCACCCCUACGUCCAUGUUAAAACAGCCAAAGAUGGACAGUGUAGUGUCUCCGGAAAAGGCGAGCGGUUCGAUUCGGGAAAGGUAAGUGGAUUUCUCUGAUGACGAACACGAAGCCUGUCAACGCUAUGGCAUAUCACGGCUUCCAUUCUAAAUUUGUUUCAAAUAGAAGUGGGCAACGAUAGGUGACACGGCGACAUAAUCCGCUAACAGUCUAUAUGUAUUGCAAAUAUGACGAGUGCUCUGUCAACCAUGUGAGCCAGACAUAUUACAAGUUGUUGAAAUGAUUGCGGCGAAUUACAUUAUCGCGAGACUUGUUACGUGGUAGUUUCUUAUCCUCACCUUGAAUAAGUCUGUGAGUACCUUAAUACAAAUGGACCGUUGAAAGAAUCCCGGCUUUGUGAGGAGAACUCAAAUAACCGUACAUUUGCCCUCCCGUCUACUUACCGGACACUGAACAGCCGAAUGAAAAGAAAACAGUCCCGGGACUAAUGGAAAAUCGAACGACAAUUUUGACGAUUUGCUCACGCUCAUUAUGAUCCCGAUCAUAAAUUGGAGACGCCAUGCAAACACAGACACUUUCACGUAGAUUGAGCCUUCAUCUUAUUUUAAAUUAGUUCCCGGUUAGUUUCCACUCAGUACUUUUUCAUUGAUAGCUUUUCUAACUUAUGCCCUUACUUAUCAUCAUCCGUUUAGCGACAGUGCCGUGGUAGGGAGUUGAGGGUAAGGGGAGAGAAUCUCCACACAACAAUGAAACAGUGCACUCUCUCGUCCUAAAGUGCCUAAUAUUUUUCUACAAUAACCUUUCCUAAGGUGAAUUUACGUCGGCAGCCAGCCGAUACGAAGAACCAGGACCGCUCUGCCACUGCGAACUCCAAGGGGCAGAUUUUUAGAUCGCAGAAUCUGGUUGGCCGUUUCUCGCUGAUUGACCUGGCGGGGAACGAACGUGGCGCGGAUACAGCUCGCGACGGGGAUAAGACCGCUCUGAGGGAGUGCAGUGCGAUUAACAGAAGUCUUUUGGCCCUGAAGGAGUGCAUUCGCGCAAUGGGCCGGCGUGGAAGCUAUCUGCCUUUUCGAAACAGCAAGCUGACACAGGUAGUCAUAUGUCACCUUCACUGUUCCAGUGUGUUAUCUUUGUGAGUGUAACUGUGUCCAAAGCGUGAUGUUAUCUGCUCUCCGUCAAGUUGCACGACGACUGUUUCCAAGUAAAUAGAAGCUAGUCAGUUUGAAGCGAAGACCAUUCUCAGCACUCGCUAUAAGGGCGCACAACCUACGGAUUAACCGAACAAGUCAGCACUACUCCUGAAUCCAUCAUACCCGUGUGUUUUGAGCCCUUUCUUUUUACUCUGACAAAAUACGUUUGAUUAGAUUCACCACAAUUUCAUUUUGAAAGCUACUGUUGUAAAUGGCAUAUGAAAACGGAGCGUUAUCAUGACCCAACGAAACUGGGAGUUCCCUGCUCUUCUGUCACUUCGACUGGAGGAUGUAAACUUGUUAGCUUGGAUUACUUAUUGUCUCCUCCUCCUCCUCCUCCUCCUCCUCCUCAUCCUCCUCCUCCUCCCUCCCUCCUCCUGCCCCUCCUCCCCUCACAAAAUACCAACUUUUCACAUUUUACGAAAGUUCAUGCAUUUAUUAUAUCUCACGAAUUGUGUAUGCUUAUAAGUAGUAUAUGCCAACUGACGACCAAGUUUACUUUCUCACACACCGGACUCUCCGCAGGUCCUUCGCGAGUCAUUCGUUGGCCCUCGAUCACAAACCUGCAUGAUUGCUAUGGUGGCACCUUCAUUGUCCUGUUUUGAGCACACAUUGAAUACCCUGCGCUACGCCCGUCGUGUGAAACAACUGGGUUCAUCGGACAACAACGUGCAAAUUAAACCGCGUGAACGCAGCACUACUUCCGUCAGCGAAGCUAUACCCAGCACUCGUUCUCGGCGCCCGUGUUCAGUCACCUCCUUGUCCGUUUCCUUGCCCAGCAGCCACGAGGAGACGAGUCCUGUGCAUGGGCCAGCAGUGGUGGCCGACUCUAAUAAUCAUGUCCAACUAGAAAGAGUGCCAUCAAGACCUCCGGUAAGGUGAUCCUUCGCCCUCACAGCCAAGUAAAGUAAAUCACAGGCUACUUAUUAAGACUGAGUAGUCAGCACACAUUACAUUAAACCCCGAAUACAGAAGUGUACUCGCCUCCUUUCCGGGUUAACAUACAUAAGUGAAUAAGUAAAUACCGUUCUACCUGACUAUGCAUGCAGUUAUGUAGGUUUCACGCGCACGACUUGCGUGCAUGCAAAUAUAGUCAGAGGAUAAACGACAGUGAGUGUCAUUCUAGGGUUGUGGUUGUGGUUGGGGCUAAUGUUAGGGUUUAAUUAAAGAUUAGCCUUGUAAAUGGGGUCAGGCCUAAGGUUAGGUUAAGUUUGACCGUGACACACUAUCCCAUACAGUCUGGUUGGCAACCACUCUGUUAACGCUCUCUUAGUUCACAUCUUUCAAAUUUCGCUUUCCGUCCACGACCACGUUGGAGUACUAAAACAAACGUAUGGCAUAAAUGCGGGUUUCCACAAUGCCUUCUGCAAAUUCCCUUACCGUGCCAUGUUUUUGGGAUUGUGCUCUCAUAUGUUUUCUCAGUGUUAUAAGUUAGCUGUUUUUUGGUCUUGUAUUGCCUUUUUCAUUUAUUCCAGUCUUUUUCAAAGCGCAAAACCACAUCUGAAGUUGCCGCUAUUUGGGUAGGUGACCAUAGAGGGUUUUUCUCUCGAUUUUUUCAAUUGGUCUAAAGUAAUGACACCAGUUAGAAGCGCAUCAAAGGAGUUUGCGACAGGAGGACAAUGAUAGUCAUUCAAAUACCGCUCGGCAUUCCGACCGUACGCCUCUUUAGAUAACACGUUAGACUCACGAGACUCCUGGUGGCCCUCUUUACUAAAGUAAUGACCACAUUUACCAGCCGACGUUCAGCCGAAACCCUUUGUCAUUGGAAAAAAAGCGAUGUAAGGGAAGAUCUUUUGGUACGAACAAAUCUGGUAGGGGACCGCCUUCGCCCUUCUGGUUGGCUUGUAAGAUCUUCCAUUUUCUGACGAGUAACCACUUUUCGAUGUACACGCAUAUUAAUUUGGGUAGGAAACUUACUUCUGAUCCGCCCGAAGUCACUUAUGUGUCCUAGUUUUAACAGUCAUGAGAAUAUUCGAAUAAACAAAUGCGUUUUAUACGUCAUCAGUGGAGAGUCUUUGCCAACAAACAUUGGCUAACUGAGCGAACUGCCUCUUCAUGUUCAGCGAGUGCAUAUUCAACGCAAGUAUCCACUCUAAACCACCUAUGAACGAGCCGAAUCGAUCAGAGCCAGUGUGACCUUCAAAACCCGUCUUCCGAGGACCCCUGUAGACAUGCUGGUUUGUACCGCAGAAGAGGUCGAAAAGUGACAUUUUGCUCGCAAUAGUUGGAAAACAAUAGCUCUCUGAAUACUUGGUAUACUUUAACUAAUGUCAUGGGCUCGUGUCGUCUGUCCUGCAGCGUAGGUGAGACCGCUGUCGAUGUUGGUGCCAAGCAAGGGAUAUUUUCAAAAUAACCCCAAACAAUGUUGGAUUUUAGGUUACAGAAUAUACCGCAGAUUGGCUUUCCUGUGUGAGACACGAGCAAGUCCCCUCGUCAAUGUCGACACACUGAACGUGACACAAAGUUCAGGCUACUGUGGUAUUAGAUCAUAGCCAGAUGCCGUAGUAGUAAAUUGCAUCACUUACCACUUUCACCUGUUUGCCCGUCUACCUUUCUUGAAGGAGGACAAUGCAAUAUGCUGUGACCGACAUUACGACCGACCUAAGGAGCUGCUUGAAAAUCGUGCAUGCCUAUCAGAUCUGGCAAUCCAGCACGAGAAUAUUCUUCGGGUGAGAUCUGUUCUCCACGUCGAUACCUUUUCAGCCCCUUGGUGGGAGUGUUACGUGUAAUGUGAUUAAUGAGCGUAUAAUUUACACUGCGUGAUUGAUCUCAUGAACUGUUAGCCGAAAUCCUGAAACGCGUUUUCGAUUAGAAAGGAUUACUAGGGUAGGGUUGUAGUAUUGAUAAGUAUGCAGCAUUAUCCUAUAGCAUUUAGGGUUUAGCAGGAUGUUGACUUUGAGAUGCACGCCUUUUUGACCUUCUACAGAAACCAUACUCGGUAAAAAAUGACUACUUAAGUAUCAUGCCUUUUUUCUGUUGAUUUUGGAUGGUCUUAUAAAUGCAAAGAUAUUUUAUAAAAACAUUCACAAAAGUAUGCUUUCUUUUACUAAUUUGGCAGAAAAUCACAUUUUGUUCACAUUUUAUGCCCGAAGAUAGUGUAUAUUUAGGUUCUAAAAAAGUGUAUAAUUAUGGGAUUUUUAAGACCUUGCGAUUUCCAUGCAUACAGGACCCGAUAUGUCCAUUUACCGAUGCUCCUCAUGAAAUGUACAACACAGUCUGGAUUUAUAGCGGACUUUUAUGAAAUCUGUACGGUAACUUCUUAAAGGCAUGGAGGAAUAUAUGAUUUUCCUUACACGGAAAGAAUUCACCUUGUAGACUGAAAUCGUUAAACGCUAAUGCAAUGGGAGAUCAGGCUUGAAAUUAUUUGGAAUUGGUAAACGUUUUUAGAACCUAAAUAUACACUUUCGUCGGGUAUAAUAUAUGAAGAGAAUAUGUUUUUCUCCUUUGUCUUUAAGAAAAUACCACAUAGAGUUCAUGAAGUUUGCAAUGGAUUAGGACUGUGUUGUACAUUUCGUGAAGAGAAUUAUUAAACGGACAUGUGCGGUCUUGCAAGCAUGGACAUCGCACGGUCUUAAAAGUCUCAUAAGUAGAAACCUUUUAAAACUAAAAUAUACACUUUCUUUGGGCAUAAAAUAUGAAUACACUGUAAUUUUCUACCAAAUGAGUAAAAGAAAGCAUAUUUUUGUGAAUGUUUUCUAUAAAAUAUAUUAAAACUUAUAAGGCCAUGCAAAAUCAAUAGGAAAAAUGCAUGCUACAUCAGUAGUCAUUUUUACUGAGUGCGGUUUCUGUAGGAGGUCAAAAAAGUAUGCAUCCACAAUUCAAAAUUCUGCGGAGCCCGAAAUGCUAUAGGAUACUGCUGCAUACUAAUCAAUAUAACAACUUUACCUAAGUAAUCCUGCCUAGUCGAAAACACAUUUCAGCAUUUCGGCUAUUAUUUCAUGAGAUCGGUCAUGCACUGUACAGUAGGUGUUGGAGUGCUCACUGAAAUUCCGAAAUGCGUCUUGGACUCGAAAAGAUUACUUAAGUAGGGUUGGAAAAUUUAUCACCUUGCAGUAUAGUCCUAUGAUUAUUCAGUUAUACUAGGGUGCCGGUUUCAAUUAAACUUUUUUGGCCGCAUGCAAAAAAGAUACUCUGUAAAAAAUGACUACCCAGGUAGCAUGCAUCUGUCUCAUGAAUUUUCGAUGCCCUUCAAAAUUCGAUUAUAUUUCAUGAAAAACAUGAAAAAAAUAUUUAUUCUUUGAUUAUUUAGAAGAAAAUUAUGUCUUCAAAUUUAAUACUGAAGAAAGUGUAUUAUUCAGUUUUAAAAGACUUUUCCAAUUCCCGAAUAAUUUUAAAGCCGACCUGCCGUUACAGUUGCAUUCACGGUUUCAAAACUGGAAGUCGUACAUUUUUCGCCUACAAAAAACCAUACAUUUAUCUAUAUUACCAAGAAAAGAGCAUAUGGAGUUCUUUAAAUUAGCGGUGGAUUUGAACCAUACUGUAAACAAGCUACAUUUAUAAAUGAUGAGACACGAUGUUUUAUGAACAAGCAUUCCACGGUAUGGAAAAACCUCGCAAUAAAAAACUUUUUUUAAACCGAUUUAUGCCGUUUCUUCGAACGUGAAAUUGAAAGAAGACGUUACGUCUUACCAAAAGAGUAAACGAAUGACUAUUUUUAUGCAUGAUUUCCAUGAUGUAUGGUUGAAUUUAAAGGGCAUUUAAAACAAUGAGAAAAAUUCAUGCCACUUAAGUAAUCAUUUUUUACAGAAUGUUUUUCGUUCGAAAGCCGGCAUGCCGAGGUAACUAUAUUAUUAUAGAAUUAGGCUGGAUUGUGAUUAAUUAAACAACCCUACUUUAGUGGUCUUUUUCAAGCGAAGGCGCAUUUCAGAAUUUCGGUUAGUAUUCCAUGCGUUAGCACACCUACUGUAUAUACUGCGUGACAACACUUGUUCUGGUAGCUGUUAAGGUGUGAUUUACCGUUUACAAUCGACUCAGGUUACCUGAAAUAUUUUCAGAAAUGCUGGAGCCCGAACUAAAAGUUUCGAGUCCUGAAGGAGUAACUGGAACGCAGAAGCUGCGCGUUGUAAAAUAGCAAUGUUCAUUUUGAAACGUGAGAUUUAAAACAAGUGAGGGCAUUAGGAGCCCAGCAGGACCUACGAUCAGUGUUCAAACGCAUGAAAUGUUAACCGAAUUCAUGAGACGCCUUUUUGAUAAAGCUGGCUUUCUCAAGUGGUGUCGUACUAGUGACUAUCGCUCAGUUAUUAAGACGUUUUAGUCACGGCUGAAUGGGACCUUUUAGAUACCGAUUUUUUUGACCGCCAGCAAAAACCGCACUCCGAUGAAGUGCAUACUUGGGCAAUAAGCAUUUUCUUUGUUGAUUAUUGACGCCCUUAUAGAUUAGAAUAUGUCAUAGAAAACGUACACAAACAUAUUCUUUCUUGUGAGCAUUUUAUGGCAUAUCACUUCUUGUUUCGUUGUUUUAGUCGAAUAAAAGGUAUCUUUCGGUUUUAAAAAGUUUUUUUAUCCCCCAGCCGCCCUUUCGUCUAAGGUGUGCAGUUUACAAUCUUUAUGCUUUUGUUGUAAGGAAAAUGAUAUAUUCCCCGAAGUCAGUAAGAAGAUACCGUAUAGAACUCAUGGAGUAUGCCGCAAACCUCACAAGGUGCACUCAUAAGUCGACAAGUAGGACGCUAAUUAAAUAAAAAUUACACCAAAAAUAGACAAAUUGGACAUGCUUUCAGAGUUUAUGAUCUCUUGCCAUGUAGUUACUUACUAUGGCGCGCAGCGACCGCUAUGUGGUGCACACAAUUCAGAUAUGCCAACGACGUCACAAAUUAACGUGCUUUGAAAAAUGACAGAAUAAAACAGCCCAGAAAAAACCCAAGCGCCCGCAUCGAUUUGACCAGUGCCCAAAGGACGUUAAGUGAAUAAUAUCCGCGGCAUAUUUCUUCUACUCCUGGGAUUUACAUUGAAAGGUGUUUUUUAGCCAACCGAACUGCCGGCUGUACCUAAAUGCGUCCAGUUUAAUUGCAUAGCCCAUCGCCUACGGCAUUCAGAGAUCGGAGGAUUUGGGUGGCUUCAUUAGACUCUCACAAUCCGGGUACAGAUACUUGUCCGAGAACACCCCCUCCCUGCCUCCCUCCACCAAUCGUCUACCCUCCCCAGAUCCCAACCCCAACCGUCCGACCCUCUCACAUGGCCAGCCCGUAUCUUUCCUAUUUUACAAUAAACACCAGCCAUCUUGGUAGUGAUGUCUCAAUCUUCAACGCACGUUCCUACGAAAAAUUAGCGUUUUCUGAGCAAUAUAUCUUGUGUGACUUGUCAUUUCAGUCGCUACCGAAGUGGUUUUACCUGUAUCGCCGCCUACUCGGAAGUUGGACGCCUGAGCCCGAAGACACCAAAUGUGAGGCUGUCGAACUAGCUGAUUCUCAUUCCCCUUUUUCCUUGAUUUGACUGGUUUCUGUUCGUGCGUCGUUUUCUGAUUCCCAUCACACCUCGGAGGCUGCCCGAUAUGAACUUCAGAUGAGCAAAAAGCGAAUGCUUGCUUGCCAGUGAAAAGGUGUAUCAGGCCUGGGAGAAUUUCCAUCCAAAUGUAGGACGUGAGAAUAUAAACCCCACACCUCUAUAGACGGCCUCUUGCUAAAUUUGUUAAGGUUCCAAUGUAGACCGAAAAGCGAAUUGCAGUGGAGCGUCCGCUUAACGAGAGUAGCAAAAAAGCGAAUUUCGACAAAGUUUUUGCACAGUCUCUUGAUAACCUCUUCCUUCGUGUUCCUCAACCAUCGUAUUAUUUCGUACAGUGUCUGACGUUAGACUAUAACACGAUCUCGUUGGUAACUGAAAUAUGCCGAUUUCACGCAAUCCCUGCUUAUUGGGAAUAUCGCAUUGCCCAACGAGGGUUGGCCAAUACGUAUCUUCGCUUCCAGCAUACACCAACAUUCUAAUACGAUGGCCCUAUUGUUACUGCGUUGCUUCUGGUCUGUGGGAUGUUUUCAGCGUGGAGCACCUAAACGCACUAUCUUAUCACAAUCCUUCAAUUUUGGGUGAACAAUUGAAAAUCCCCUUUUAUCAAAGCAAUUUGACCGUGGGAUCGCAUUUUGCCAAAGUAACCUGCGAAAGUAAUCUUCCGGCUUGUUUCCUCUGACGUGGGCGCUAAGUGAGGCCAAAUUUUGCGUGCAAUGUUCAAACUCUGUUGUGGAUGGCAUGUGUAUGAUAGGAUAGGAUGGUCCAUGUUUACGCCCCACGCUAAGCUCAGUUAAAUAAAACUGACAUAAUAGGAUGAGCAAAGACACUGACGUGAUAAGACAUGUCAUGCCUUGGUUUCCGUUACAGUGGAGAACCCUUCAUUUCCCAGCAAGACUUGGUGUUUUGCUAGCUGACGACAAAUUUGUGGAAGUGGAUUUUUAAUUUGACUCUGUUUGGCCACUGUGGCCUAUCGCCGUCCGCACGAUCAUCCGUGCGCAAUGCAGGGCUGGCGGUGGGAAGAGGAGAGUGGUUGCCUUGUCAGCAAGGUCCCUUCGUCUCUCUCGUUUAGUUUACCCGCUUGGGUCGUCGUAGGCUAGGCCGGGGGCAUUUUCUUCUCAUCGUCAGCAUAGAUCGGUGGUCUCUUUUCCCACACUGCGACUUCUGUCCUUGUAAGUGCCUGUCAUUAAAGACGCUACCACAUAAAGCACCCUUACCUUUUGUGUAGUGUUUGGUAGCCAGUAAGUUUGCCUUCUCACAAUGACAAACUUUGUGCACUACUUUAAGGUUAUAAUGCGCUUUGUUCUUUCAUGCUUUUCAGACUACACUGACAACAUUAUCAAACUGACAACGAGGCACAUGAAGAAAUUAAACACUCUACGAGGUAAGAUUGGGUAUGUGUUAUCUCCGACCGUCAACCCAUCACUUUUCCAUCAAACGGUCGCGACGCUUACCUGAACACGGGUUUGCUUAAAGUGAUGCCAAAAUGCUCUGCGUGUACCUCUAGUCUUUUUCGACGCCCACCCUGUUCUGGUAUCAAGAAGAUUUCGAGACGACCGGAGGUGGACAUACCUGACUGACGUGUGUCUCCUAACUCCACACGUGCUAGACGUCAGAGAGCGGUGUCCAACCACACAAGCGAGACAACUGCAUAAGGUCAAGUUCAGAAGUCGCCACAGUCUGACCCUGAGUAGGAUCCAGUUAUGUCGUCAGUUGGUGACCCUCCAAGAGGGACGUGGCAGCAAGCGCUUGACCGGAGUUUGAUCGUACAUCAUUCCAAGCCCACCGGUAAAUGACAUUGAAGGCCGCAGUAGCCGUCACGUGAAGUUGCCAUCUAAUACGCACCAUUCAUGGCGUAAACUUGCUCAGUGCCGUAAAAUCACCAUUAAAAUCGGCUGUAACAGCCUACGGCCUAGUUCCAGAGGAGGAGAACCGAAUUGCCUCGUUUGCUGGCUGCCCUUCGGACCACGACGUUUAAGUCGCCAGAUUUAUAAUGACUUAGAAAGCGUCCAUUCGUUGCUAUCAGAAUUUAAUCCUCGCAACACCUUUCGGUGGAUUUGGAUUGGGAUUACGUGAGAUUGCUGAAAUGACUGCCGAUUCCGUUUGCCACGUUUCGUACGGUUAAUGGAAACUGCAACACUAAUUUACAUGCUUACGUAAAUAAAAUAAGUAGGUAUGUUAUGUUUAUAAGCACUACAACCAUUUGCUGCGGAAGGGCUUUAUCCUACGGGAGUGACGCCAACCGAUAGCUUACGGUAUAAUUUCGAUUUUGUUUUGUCCUGGAGCCAAGAACCCUCAGGGCCAGUUGCAUAACACGCAAUAGCCAACGGUCGAACAAUGUUACUGGCGAGGGCAGAUUGGUCUGCCUGCCGGUGUAAGUUAGCGGCAGUCAAAUCCCAGACUCGGGGUCCCAAACUUCUACUUCGGAUUGACUGGUCGUCAAUCGUUCGAAUCCGCCAGCCUACGGGUUUCAAAAAAACUCUGCCUGUGCCACAAGAUGUAACUUCGCUAAUGCGAUACUGGUCUCUCCGAUGUGCUCAGGUCGCUAAAGGCUACAUCGGAGCGGAUGAAAAACGUACACUAUUUCAUCCCUAGGUAGAGCCUCCUUGGAUAUUAUGCUAUGGUAUCCGGAUGCGAUGAUCGGUGAUUCGAGGUUUCUCAGAUCACAACUCAUGAAGGAGAGAGCUGGUUGAGUAAUUUUUACUUCAGCGAGAGAGCAUGCACGGGGCUCACCAAGCUGUGGCAGCAUGCGUUACUCGUUUAAGUUUUUUGUCCGGACGCCAAGUUCAUGCGCCUGAGCCCUGUGCGGAUGCCACCAGUCGACGAAUACAAACAUACAGACUAGCGCCUAGGAGUCAACGAGCCGAAGGCCGUCUCAUAUUUGAAAGCAGUGCUUGAAAGGCGAGUUUGGCGGACCAAUGGUGCGGCAUGGGUAAGCGUCCGCUCAGACCGGCUCGAGAACGGACCGCCAGAAUAGACCCAUAUUCAUCCUUACUCACUUCGCCUUCUGGCUGCUUACUUGGUCCUUUUGGGUUCACUCCAGAAGUCAAUCAGUUGAGAAAACUGAAACAUUCAUGCGGAGCGUGUUAGUUAUUAAGGGAUGACAAAUUCGGAUGUCUUAACUUGCGGUUGAUAUAAAUGCUGUUAUAUGGGUGGGCAGAUGGAUAACUAGGAAGGAAAAUGCGAUUUAGGUUUGCAGAUGCGGAAUAACGUAAGAAGGACACUGAAUGACCUUGUGCUAAUUUCCUGGGAGGUUUGCGGUACGAUUUGGGUUAAUGCUAGGUUCAGGGUUGGGACACGCUAGUGAGUAACCUUCCUGAAAUUUUGCGAAACACCGCAGGUAUUAUGGGGACCUUAUUCUCGUGUUUUAUCGAAGUGUCUGUGGUAAGGCCUUCUGUCCACCCAAACUUGCCACGCACCCUAGUUUUUUGAAUCUGAAAACUCUAUUGCCUUUUCUCUGUAAAAUACCUUAGGCAAUUCGUUUCUUGCAAAUUUCUUUCAUUAGAUGUCCUGAAAUGUUUAAUUGACAUCUACAUUUCCUCCACAGAGGCUGCUAUUCACUUUCGUAAGACGUCGGAGCAUUCAUCCGUGGACGGAGAACACAUAGACCACUUAUGAAUGUCGCGGCAAAUACUGCUACAACAGUCUCCCUCCUUUCGGGAUCCUGCAGGAUAGGAUCAGAUGCCGCCCACUGAAGGUCUCUUUUUAGCGGAACUCUUAAGGAGUCAAGCUGUAAUAAUAAUGACGAACAUGAGGGUUACGACAGCUUACAAGGACGGUUUUCCUCUCCGUAUUUUUGAAUCCCAUGCCAACACCCCGUCCUCUCGCAGUUAUAUUUCCUUGGUUUCGAGCGUCCAGCGAUGGGAAGAGACCGCCUCGGUGGUCAGUAAGAGGACACAGCGGGGACGUUGAUCUCUGUUCGGCUGUUGGCGGAGCCUUUCUCUUUGUGUUCCCCCCCCCCUCCUCCUCAAUCUCUUCCUCCUCCCACCUACUCGUAAGUAGCGCGGGCGUUCAUUGGAUGCAGCAUGUAUUUAAAAGAAAUGACAGUCAAGUUAGUCAUACGGUCUGCGAUUUCGGUCUCUUUAACGGCAGCCCGAAGAAGGGUUUUUGCCAUAAUGCGUGCAAGGUGUUUCCACAGAGACGAGUGACGCGCAAUUUUAAUGCGUACGUCACAUGUUCUACAGAGGUGUCGGUACUACUCGCCGGUAUUCUUUGUUCUGAGACACGGGGCUGCAUGUCCACGUACCCAUAAGUUUUGUCCCAAACUUUCUGCCCUGAGAACUUAAGCUACCCUACAAAGCUAUCCUCGCGCCCUCGUUCUGCUCAAUGAGAUCGUGCUUUGAUACAGGAUGCAAUAAUCACACUCAAAGAGCCUUACCGGAGGUGCCCUACGGCGAUACUCUAACAAGGCAAUAAUGAGCUAUUCUGGGACCCUUAGAUGAUAUUUCGAUCAUAUAUGUUUAUGUAGCCGCACCUGAGGUAAACAAACCGCAGACACCUGUAAUAUGGGACCGGUGGUAGUAGGGGUUCUUACAGGUGGGGCCGGAGAUCGCACAGACGACUAGGUGAGAUAAAUGUAUGCAAAAGAAAAGCUGUUGGGAAUGCACGGUUGUACAUUGAGUGGGCCGCAAAAGGUGAACAUAGCAACAAGGAAUCGCAUUCGCCAACAGGACGCAUACCACAACGUACAGAAACACCAUGCCAACGUCAUCAUACCAACUCGAAAUAAUUAAUUAGGUCAAAACUACUGUGCCCGUCUGAUGCUUCUACAUAACCACAUCUUACCCAUUUUCCAGACAGUAACUUAUCUGAGAUUGCGACCGCGUCGUAUGUGGCGAUAAUUGACACAAAUACGAUGCUUAAAAGAUAAGACCGUAUUCUUCUAUGAAGAAAAAGUGGGAGAUCUUUCUCCGACUCUGUAUUUAUUACAGACUAAAGUAAGCCAAUGUGCCUUAAGUAAAUGUGCUUGGAAAUGCCUAGACGCUUAAAGAAAUAUCAACGACAAAUGAGCAACUACUGACAUUUCGACCGUCGUUACCGAUAGCCACCGUGUUUGUCAGAGCAAAGUAAGAGCAGAGACAGUGACUUGAGCACCGUAUUCGUUGAUACUGAUAGCAGACUUGCGCAACAUCUACCACACUCUCUCAGGCCCUCGCAACCUGGAUCCGGUGUCAAGACCAAGUCAAGGAGACCAGAGGCGGGGGAGGACGCAAGAAGCUGACGCGGCUUAAACCCGCACCUAGGCGUACCACAACACCCCCAGAUCCACACUGGACAGUGACCAGGAUUUUAAUCAAGCGCAAAUAUGAGAGGGUGGCAGGGAUCCAGAUCGGCGUGACGUCAGUCGACAACUGGGUCUGCCACAACACCGAAUGUUGACAUUUGUUAUGGAUUGCAACCCUUGACAGUAGAAGUAAGGUUUAAGUACGGUCAACGCUCUAGCCAGCCGAAAUAAGAAACACCAUCGGGAGACAUAAUAUUAACCAUAUUUGGGUCAGGUUACAUGCCCAGGAGUUUGUAUACAAGAUGCUGCUGUGUGUGCUCGUCCAUCUAUCAGUCAUGCACUUGUGAUUGUCAGAAAAUUCCUUACGAAACCAGUAGGCCUCGCUGCAAGCAGAACAUGAGUUUGCGGGGGAAGGAAACUUGUGGUGCGUGGUUCACGCUUAUUAUUUUCCUUGCACACAGUAGGUACCCUCUGUCGGAUUCGAAAAGUUUACAUCGUCCUUCAGUGGGCGCUGAAUACCCCACCAUUCUGACGGAGUGUUUCUAAGCAAUCAUAAUCGUUGUUUUUCUCGAAUAGGAUUUGCUUUUUCCAAGGCACCCUUUGAAAGCGUUAUGAAUAGCAGUGGGCAGACAAUCCAGCAGUUGGGUCGUCGUCGGCGAUGUUGUCCGACGGGAGCUCCAGAGCAGGCUAAAAGCGGAGCGGUGAAUUGGGCGUAGAAUAAUUUAUUGUGAUAGUGGACUUGCACGGCAUCUGCCGCACUCUCCCCUUCACCGCCUGGGCUCAGUGUCAUGAUAAUGUUGAGAAUACCGACGAGGGGGGGAGGAACAGGAGGCUCGUGCGGCCGUACCCGCACCGAGGUGUACCACCACAAUCUCUGGUAUACGAAAGACGCUCGAUUGGGAUUUUAACCAACAGAAAGGUGAGGAUGACACAAACCACUACCCGGCGGGAACGUAAGCGCAUCCACCUGCGGGAAAGGUGUCAUAGAACUGCCGGCUCACCAGAAUGCAAGGGCAUUAUUUGCUGAAUCGUAGCAUAGCAGACGCACGUAGUCCAUCAUCCCUCAAAACCCAAGUAACCAGCCAGUCAUCGACUAACAGUCACCAUUCAUAUACACACACCCGUCAUAUGCGUGAGAGUGCCAGAGGUCGUGUUAAGAAGGAGCCGUUGCAGUUUGACUCUCAAUCCAUCACUCCGCCACUUCACACAAACACACACAACUGAGUAGACUUAGUUGAGGCGUUAAUCGGCAACCUUCCAAGCCACGGCGCUUGGCACAACAAGAUGUACACUUCCCGUUUAAGUGAGUGGUGUCAAUUGAAAGCGUGCGAUAUUGGACGCUGUGUGAAGUUGAUGUGUAGAGUUGCUGGCGAGGAAAGUUGUGAGGACAUGAUAUGACCGACUGAUGCCUACCGCUGUAUUUCAAGGCUGUGAAUGUUGCCUAUUAGGCCCAAGCGGUUGCUGAAAGCGCGAGGGUAUUUGAGGCGCUUACGACGAAUGUAUGUUUGUGCUUCAGCCGCCCGUUCGCCAGUCUCUGCGCGAUGGAUUCGAGAGUGAUCGACCAGACCGAUGUGUGAUGUGAACGUACCAGGACAGUGUGGGCAGGAUACGUCGUGAUCGCCGGCGUCGCUUUCAAUAGCAUUGAUGGGGUUGGUGGCGGUGGGCGCUGUUGGUGGGGUACUGAUUGUGCUAGGUGUGUCGAUAUUGUAGUGAAUUCCGCCGUCGUGAAUGAGCAUGUGAUCGAAUAGUUCCAUGCCGAUCGAUUCCGAGCGCAGAUUUCCCAGUUUGCAGAACUACACUGAUAAUGUUGAGAAUACCGACGGAGGGGGAGGAACAGGAGGCUCGUACGGCCGUACCCGCACCGAGGUGUACCACCACAAUCUCUGGUAUACGAAAAACGCUCGAUUGGGAUUUUAACCAACAGAAAGGUAAGGAUGACACAAACCACUACCCGGCGGGAACGUAAGCGCAUCCACCUGCGGGAAAGGUGUCAUAGAACUGCCGGCUCACCAGAAUGCGAGGGCAUUAUUUGCUGAAUCGUAGCAUAGCAGACGCACAUAGUCCAUCAUCCCUCAAAACCCAAGUAACCAGCCAGUCAUCGACUGACAGUCACCAUCCAUAUACACACACCCAUCAUAUGCGUGAGAGUUCCAGAGGUCGUUUUAAGAAGGAGCCGUUGCAGUUUGACUCUCAAUCCAUCACUCCGCCACUUCACACAAACACACACAACUGAGUAGACUUAGUUGAGGCGUUAAUCGGCAACCUUCCAAGCCACGGCGCUUGGCACAACAAGAUGUACACUCCCCGUUUAAGUGAGUGGUGUCAAUUGAAUGCGUGCGAUAGUGGACACUGUGUGAAGUUGAUGUGUAGAGUUGCUGGCGUUGAAAGUUGUGAGGACAUGAUAUGACCGACUGAUGCCUACCGCUGUAUUUCAAGGCUGCGAAUGUUGCCUAUUAGGCCCAUGCGGUUGCUGAAAGCGCGAGGGUAUUUGAGGCGCUUACGACGAAUGUUUGUUGGUGCUUCAGCCGCCCGUUCGCCAGUCUCUGAGCGAUGGAUUCGAGAGUGAUCGACCAGACCGAUGUGUGAGGUGAACGUACCAGGACAGUGUGGGCAGGAUACGUCGUGAGCGCCGGCGUCGCUUUCAAUAGCAUUGAUGGGGUUGGUGGCGGUGGGCGCUGUUGGUGGGGUGCUGAUUGUGCUAGGUGUGUCGAUAUUGUAGUGAAUUCCGCCGUCGUGAAUGAGCAUGUGAUCGAAUAGUUCCAUGCCGUUAGAUUCCGAGCGCAGAUUUCACAGUUUGCAGAACUACACUGCAGGCGCAUCAAGGAAUUCUUCAGAAUGUCCAUACAUGUCGACGAAAAUCCGUGUCGCCAUCUCCACAAAAGAGCCCUUUUACUAGCCACCUGCUUCCUCUUACGCCUCAGGGCCUCUUGAAUAUGUCUAGAGAUCGAGAACAUGUAAUCUAAUUCAUGCGCAAGUCACGGGACCUGAGCAUUAAAAAGAGUAAGGUCUGAGUUUCUUCAUAUUUGCAUGUAGAUUUUAUCACCGGGUACACACGGCUAUUUUUCGCAGGCGUCCUUUACCAGGGAUGAUAGUAAGAAGAAAGAGUGAAUGACAUAGAGUUAACUAACCAAUCAGCAAACAAUGCUACGUGCGCUGAAGUGAAUGCACCAGAUCAAUAUUCGAUCGGCUGAGUUUUAAUCAGAAAUUCGGAUUUCAAUCAGUUCGCGUUCAUUCCUGACCCGAGCAGUUGUCUUGGUGGAAAUGCAAGUGAACUGAUGUCCAGCUUAAAUUUUCGGAAGGUUGUCUGCAGUACUUUGUAACACCGUUGCACAAUCGGCCCGCGAUCAUUUAUGCAGGAUCCGAUUCUUCUUCCUCACACGAACAGUGGCUUGGUCUCCCAUUCUGCGCACUCUUAGCUCGAAUAACUUCAUUGUGUAGCUGUAGCGGCCAAAGCAGUGUGCUUGUGUGCUACAAUCGUCUGGCCAGAUGCCAUCUUGGAAGGACAAGAUGGGGGGUUUAUUGUUCACAGAACCCGGAGUUGUCCUCUCAGGCGGCAGUGGGCACUGGCGCAGCCAGAGCUGGUGUUGACUGCGUCCAGUCAUUCCUGAGAGUCCCUGAGAUAGGGAUGGCAGUCGGUUUUGUAGGCUCGUGGGCCAAGCUCAAGUGGUGGCCAGUCAGUGUGUGUUGCAUUUGCCGAGGGAUGGUGUCCCAGUGGCUUGUUUUGCUGGUUGCAGGGAGUGGCGCCUUUACGUGGCUCAUGGGUAGCCGCGACGCUGUGGUCUGGGACGGCUCGCUGCAAGGGGUGAAUGACCUUGAGGCAGCGAGGUCUUAAACAAUGACGCCAGACCGGUCAUGCUGGCUGGCCACUACAUGGGUCAUGGUUAGACUUCGUGAUUUCUGCUUCGCAACGAAUAAGUGAAAGCGGUUAUUUUGACGAAUUUUAUACUAAUUACAUCAGCAAGGGCAUAAAACUGCGUUUGCUUGUGUGACCGCCAACUUAAUCCUUUUACAGCCCUCUUUUGAAGGCUAUCAUAGGUCGAAAUCAAAGCACUUUCACGAAAGCCAAUUAGCGGAACUCGGGGUGGCAACAUUGAUAGAUGUUAUUUCGCACUCAACUAAAUAUGCCAAUAAACCGCGAGACGCGGCUCGUGCAGGGUGAUUAGUAGAUCAUAAGGUGGAAUAGUUCGGUGUAGUCUAGAUAUGAUUUAUUGCAAAUUUAUGGGUACCCAUCACUCGAUUUUCUUGACCACAUCUGACCGGCACCUCGUAUUCACGAAGGAAAGACGCAAUUCAUAUGUGCUGACGCUACGUUGCUUGGGGGGGGGUAGGAAUUAGGGUUAAGGUUAUGGUUGGGGCUAAUAUGAUACAUAGUCUUAGGGUUAAGUUUGAACCUAGGGUUGUUGUUAUGGCAACGCGGGGGUUGAGUUAAUUGUCAAUGGCAAUAAAUUUAUUUAUUAUCAUUAAAUGGUAAAAAUAGUGUCUCCCUUUGAUUAGCAACAGUAUGGAGGAUCGCAAAAUUUUGUUACCACAAAGUUCUUGGAUGUUCGGCUCAUUUCCUCAACACAGUUCCUCCACGGAGUAGGUGACCCCGGGCGUAAAACAUAUCGCUGCCAAGUCAACAGUUCAGAUUUAAUUGGCGGACAUUGGGAUGAGUGCAUGCAUGCCACCUCUCGAUUGAUGCGAUGCCAUCAACUGUAGGUCGCGCAAGACAUGUGGUGUCGGGCGAUGCUCAAUGCGCCACCAUCCACUGCUGCACCGACCAGAAGAUGGGCUGGUGCAUCUCUGACGAAAGAGAACACAGAAUUGAGUACUGAAGCAAUCCACUGUCUCACAACAUACGGCAAAGGGCACGUCGUUUCUCUGGGAGUUCUACCAGUAAAAGUGUUCGGUCGACUAGGUUCGGUUACCUUGAUAGUGCUCAUCGAUGAAUGCUUGUUGAAGCGAUUAGGCCUCAUUGAUCGACCAGAAGUGUUGUCAGUAUCCACUGUCGUUCAGACAGCCGAAGUGAGCUGGGAAAUAGUGUGUUUUCAGCUAUCUGCGACAGAAGGGAAAGAGCCACUGGAAGUGAAAAAAGCUUGGUCCGUCAGCUUUCUUUCUAAGUUGAGGCGUUUUGCCUUAAGUAGAAACCAGGCAGCACGAUGGGAACAUCUACGUGACAUCGAACUCCUCCUUGUCGUAGAAGCGAAUGCAUCGAUAGUAAUUCAUUUGUCCAUGCAGCUGCCAACUGUCCAAAUCUGUCAGCAAAAACGGUCAGUGUUUCAUAUUGACCAAACUCUGAACAACUCGGCACUGUGGGAUGGAAACCCCCAGCAGUAGGGAAAGGGUCAGAAUAUUAUCCAGAGAAUGGCCAAUCACAGUUCGCUUAAUACUUAAACUACAGGGUACAUGUGCGUCUGCCUGUUGUGAUACAUUUCAACAGAGCAUAGAUCAUCGGCUGGGGAGAGGGGCAUUUAACGUAUGUGAAUGUCAAUGUUACCCAUGGCUGCAAUUCCCAUUUCUUUGCGGUGCUCUAUUUUUAAAACUAAAUCACUUGGACUUACACAUACCCCGACGAUUUGCAACCAGCAACGCAUUAAGCAUUUAAGAACAUGAGCCCACAGUAAACCAAACGCCCGACGAUUUGGAUUGAAGCCCGUCUUUUUUAAUUCUUGGAGAAUAGCCACGCCCGAGCCCAAUGUUGCGCGUGCUUUACGGCCGUCUGUGGGCAAGAAAUGGUUUCCUUUAGUUUAGACAGUGCAGUCCAAUAUAGCUGGCGCCUGAUUGGCAAGUGUCACUUCAGGCAAGGCAGCAUUUUUGCGACCCUAGAAAAACAACAUGCCUGACCGUGGUGCAAGGGUCCUGGGAAAUUAUCUAGGGGCCUACGACAGAGCAUUUUUGGGACGUCAGUCACCACGCUUACCUCUGGGGACUGUUGGCGCCCGGCCUGCACUCUUUCGGACCGUCCAGUCAAAAAGCCCCGGAUCCAUACGAGGAGGCGUCCACAAAUUCCUGUGUUGCGUAGUUUGUGCAAGAGAUAUUAAGGAGGAACGCGAACGAAAGCCAUUUUGCAGUCGAUAUAAAUGGCGUGCAUAGAAUGCCUUCGUCGCACAAACCAGGUAAGUAUACAAAUCCCCAGAAAUACAUUUGGCACGAGUUUACUAAAUCUACCAACUUAAAAAUGCCAGUAAGAGUGAGCACGGAUGUUACCUUGCUGCAAUUAUGCGACGCCCGCUUAUGCAGCGUAGAGAAUAACCGCAGAUGAGUAACAUCAGCGAUUAUAGUAUCCAAUACUAUGCCUUGUAUCGUACACACAAAAUCAUCGACGGAAUUAAAAUCAGUCCACUGUGACGAGCAUGAAAUUAACCCCUCGGUAGAUGACCUUUCGACCAAGAUACGGACGUUGGCGCUUGCGACAGCCUAGAAAAGACAUAUUUUGCAAAACAUCGAAGCGGACACUAGCUCAACCCAUGAAAGCCCUUCUUGCAUAGUAUUUCACUACCCAACUACCCACUUUCAAUCAGCUGUCCAUGAUGCGGUCUUAGUUCUGUUCAGUUCAGUUUUAUUAAGUGAAAUGUAGGCGAGCGACUUUAAACUCCCUAUUAGUUCGAAAUAUUUUGUGAGACGCUUUGAUAAGUAGAAAGUUGUAGUGGGCCAUCGUGCAUAAUUGCCUGUGGAUAGCAGACAGCUUCCAACUAGUCUAAAAAGUGUAAUCGCUUACGGUUAUUCCGUCAAUGUGGUGAGUAUAAGCAUGCAUGAUUUGGGCGGCGAGUUAUGUGACAGAUACUUGGGAAGCUUGAUAGGCGUCGAGUCUUCCUUUAGUUGAGUGCUCACAGGAGGAGACUUCAGCAUCAGUAGGCAGGGCAUUGCACACUGCAAGCACUCUGUUACCGAGGAGGCACUUUCGUUCAUUGAUCCUUGCUUUACCGGCGCGUAGGUUUUGGGGAAUACCACGCAAGGUGGGCGUGCUAACUUGAGCGAAGUUGUCUGUAGGAAAGAGGAAACAGAUUGAGAAUUGACAGUCUGGUUUCAUUGGGCAGUGUUCACAGACCUUUUGUCAUUUUUGUCGUCUGUCUCUGAACCUUCUCUAAGACGGUAUAGUCCAUGGCAGUGCAAGUUCUGCAUGCCUUUGCGGCUUAUCAUAGAUGAGGCCGCACGACGGUGCCAAAUAUUUUAAAAAAGUAGUCAGUGUCAAAUCCCAUAAAGACUCGCCUAAGGAGUUGCAAUGUAGUCAUGGCCGACUUAGCCGCCUUCGCGCAGUUCAGCGUUGGUUUCAGUGAAGAUGUAAUUCACACACUCAAUUCCUUCUGGCUGUCAAUUUGUUGCAGUGAUGUGCCAUGAAGAAAGUAAGUCCUGGAGUUGAAGGCUCUGCAGCUGCCGAGUUGAAGGAAGUUGCACUUGUUUACAUUGAAGGGCAUAAGCCAGCGCUUCAACCAGUCCUCGAGCCUCUGCAAGUUUUUUUGCAGGUAGUCUCCGUCUGCCGCAUUGUGAAUAACUAUCCACAAUCUUAUGUCGUCACCAAACUGGGUGGCAUCACAGUCUAGGUCCCUGAUGCAGUCAUUUACAAAUACGCAAAGGCGCUUAGGGGGAAAUUUCGGAAAUCUGCAGAUUUGCACUUACUUGCUCGCAUGUAUGCAAAAGUAAUCGGAAAUUCUGGUCAUCGGCCUACAUACGAUUACUGGCCCACCAGAUGAACCAACCUCUCUCCAUCUCCACGCGACGGCUACCGCAACAGAGAAAGCGUUCCAAUAUUAGUGUAAACUCUGGCGGCCACGGAUAUGCCACAUGCCAGCGAGGUUUUUCCAAUGCUCUGCGACAUAGUCAACCGACCACAUACUGAUCUUGCGAUUAUAAGUUACUGGAAUAGGAACUUCCCAAAAAUACAAGUGAUCUUGUGCUAAACGUCUACGGAGAUUGGAACUAACAUGAAGGUUUAGGUUAAAACAUUAAAACUAGUAGUGUGCCUGGCAUUUGGCCCACAACCACCUGUUUCAGUGAGGCGAGGAUUUCCUAUUGCCAUGUCGUAUCCCAAAACACCUCAAUGUUGGUAAUAGCAUUUUGUUGUUUCUGAUCAUCGCAGAGAAUCAGAUGAAGAGGUUUACGAAUGCGGCUAAUAUAGUGGAGUGUCUUACAUUCUUCCUUAUCGGUUUUCCAACUUCUCAAACUGGCACUUGUGUUUUUUAAUACAAAAUGCAUCGCAUGUUGAAAACAGCCGAAUGUUUCUUCCUCGCAGGCUCUACAGGAGAGAUUUAUGUCUAUCCUCGUGGUCAUGCGAUAAGUAAAACGCUCCAACUUGCAUAUUUCACCGUAACAAAUGGGAUCUAAAUCAGCCCUUUUCUCAAAUGAAUCUUCGACUCAAAGUCAACAUCCAGUGAGUCUACAUCUGACGGCCAUCUGAAUCUACUGGAGAAGGCGUCACAAACGGAGGUCUAAAGCUCAUACUUGGCUAGAAUUAAUUUGCACCUACACGGUUCUCAUGUGGUAGAUGAGGGAACCACAAAGCAAGCAGAUAGACACCGUUAAGCUUUGAUACCACAGGCUGCUUUUCAAGUAAUAACAACAUUCGUAGUCCAAAAAGAUGAUAACCAUUUUAUUGGCAUACUAUGCCUACUCGACGCCGUCACAUCAGUUGACUGACCGGUGCGGGAACUGUGGUGGUGUCCGGGGUAAUUAUGGGAGAUUGAGAAAGACUGCGUUCGUUUUUCUCAGAGCAUAUAUCUCAGUUUAAACAAACAAACGCGUUCGGACUUAUUGCACUGCACUAGAAGCCGUUUCUGGAAAAUUCUACCGACUUGCACCUCCUUAAAGGACGAAUGUCUGCUUCUUCAUGUGGCCUUUACCGCACUGUCAUUUAGUCGAAUUCCGAAAUGUCCUCACAGCUUAUAACGUAAUGUAAUAUACCUUGGUUGUUUGUGUGUAAAACCGUGGGGGUGUGUGUUGACCGGCCUAGGCGCGGGAUCACACUGUUCCAGCCCCUUCGCCCGAUCUCUUCUCCGGUCUUCUAGACAAUCUUGUGAUAUCACGGCCGGGCGGAUUAGGGUAGAGUGCAUGCGUAAAUACUGCGCAAGUCCACUAUCACUGCAAACGAAUUCACGAGUAAUUUACCGUCCUGCGUCAACACUACUCUUCUGCCCAAAGUGGACGUCGUUAAAAACGACGGUCGAGCUGCCGUCACACGGGAUUGCCAGCCAUCAAAAUUUCAGAUGAGCGUGCAGUCAACCGCAGAUAUUUAGUAUAUUUUAUUGAACAUCUGGCGGACAUUUGGAUACUCACUAUCAACUCAUCCGACUAAACAGUCGUAUUUUGGUCGCAUUUGACUCCGCUGGAUUAAACUUAAAACAAAACAACAACUACGCUUCCAGCGUUGAAAGUGUAGAUGCCAAAAUUACGGGGCAUUCACAACAGGCAGAUGCUUGUUUCGGAUGUAUGUACUUACUUGACAGCAUCUGAAGCCGUGAAUGCCAGUCCAUGAUUUCAGCUGAAAUGUAGGAAAGCAACCCCUUGCCGACAUCGAAGAGACAAGUUGCCUGACAUUUCGGGCCCACGCUCGAGCACAUCAUCAGCGACAACGGCAGAUAGUGCUAUUCCAUGCACAAGGCACAACUGCAGCCGCCAUGCUGCGGCAUACAUGUGAAAAGCUACAGAUACCCCCCGCAUCAUCUCGAAUUGUUGCACCUGGCAUGAUGAUUGUUCGAUGUCCAACACGCGAAUCGUUAAUCGUUGAGAUGUCAUCAUGGGUACUCGGUAUUGGCGUGAUGAUUGCUCAACCAUUGGGAAUAGUACUCACUGUCCCUGUCGCAUGCCACUCUCGGAAAGAGCAGUUUCUUUUAUCUCUGUUCUUCUUUCGACGAUGGGGUCGCGUACAUCGACAAAUACUAGACAGAAUAAUUUCCCUUGUAACGGUAGUGUUCUAACAAAUGCAUCCACUAUUGAGUUCCAGCAAGCCUAUCGAUGCAACACCCCAACCUAAAGGAUCAGCUAAAUUCGGGAGGGCUACAUGAGGAGUAUAAUUAAUAUUGCGGAAACGUUUUGUUUUCCGAGAAGGAAUCAUAAUCUUUACUUAUUGCUCGUUAACCUUUUGAGUUAAUACUGUAUCUUAAAAAAUUCAGGGAGCACUUAAUAUGACGUAAACUGACAUGAAGUAUGUGUUUCUUGACGUGAAUGUUUGAAUCAGUGGUUUGAAUGCUUAUGCUGUCGCCAUUAUUUCGGACAAAGAGAGCGAAUUUCUUCUAUCAAAGUAGGACAUUGAAAGGACUUCUACCAAGAUUUAAGGCAUAGGGUUUCGGAGAACAAAUUUAUGCAAUGCCUGAUUCAAUAAUUCGUGAUAAGUGCAUAUUUCCGACGAUUUACUCAAAAAGAUCUACGCUUAGGAGCUCCAAGCAGUGGUUUCAUCUGCAAACGGUCAUUGGCUAAUACGGCGUAGAUAUAGGGCGACUUCGCGCUACUUGCGUGCUUAGUUGUUGGGCAAUGUUUCUUCAGCUACUUUUUCUGGCUUCAGCUUAUGGCGUUUCCGUAAAAGGUGACAUUAUCAAAACCUGCAAUUUUUCCUUUAUUUCAUAGCUCAUUACAAGGUUUAACAGUAAAUUCUUCAUCAUAAGUUGAGCAUUGCCGUUUCUUUUGUAGAGGUCAAUAACACCGUGGAAUUCAAACAGAACAGCGAUUAUGUUUAUACCAAACGGCUCUACGGGAAGGUCAAGGUAAUUCUUGUCUACUAGGAGAUGCAACGAUUUCCCAAUGUGCUUGAGGUAACAAGCAUCUUUUCUUCACAUAGUCCAUGACCGUUGACGGCGUGCGCGUUUCCGAGGCUACAAAGGGCUCGCACUGUGUCCCGCCGAAUGACUGCUGGGAAAUUAUCCAUCGUAAGAUAUACGGUUCGUGACUCCUUCCUCAACAUACUUACAAUCGUUUUUGUAUGUGCAAAAGAGUUUGCACACUUAACCUGCGGUUACCUCGUAUGUCUAAAAAAAUGCUGUGUACUAGAAUUAGGCGGGUGAGAAGAAGUGAAAUUCUAUGUGUCUCUUAUAAUCGCUGCUUGCAUGUGCACAUUUGGAAGGAUAGUUCUUACAGCAAGGGAGGCUGCGUGGCCAUUUCUGACCUAUAAGUCUGCACAUAGGUAAGAGUGGGUUCCAUAGCCCGAUCGGUGAACGCCCCCUCUACCUUUGUUUAUACUCGCUCGUCACCGACAGGACAACGAGCCCAUAGCUCAGUUGUUAGUUGCCUUGGAUGUCUAAUCAACAAGACGCGGCAUCGAGCACCGGACGAUGCACACCUUGGAGUUGAGCAUAGCAGACAGGCCGAAGACGGCCAAUAAGACAGAACCGGUCACUCCAGUCUUCCAUGUACUUUGUCGCUAAUGUCCUUCUGCGUUAUUGUCUCCAACAAUCUAGAUAUAUAUAUAUAUAUAUAUAUAUAUAUAUAUAUAUAUAUAUAAACAACUGUCAAAAGCGACGCCUUAAUUUGCGGUGUAAUGCAUUUUGUCCGGUAGGACUGAUUUACGUGACACUCUAAACAGGCCGGGGAAAAGGACUGCUUCACCCAAAUCAUAAAAGUUGAUUUGCGCACAAUUCCGGAAAGGACGAAAUAUUUAUGUGUCCUGAACCCACACUGACAUUGAUGUAUAACAAGUGUGUCGCCCUAAUCUUGACCUCAAACCUACUCUAAAUCUUGACUCUGUAGUAAACUCUAGCCCUGAACUCAACCCUUGACUUGAUUCUGACUUACCCUACCAUUAACUUUACAUCUAGCCCUAAACCUCAUCUUUAACCUUACUGUCAGCCUAGCCCUGAUUUCAGAGGAUGUUGCUUUAAAACAAUCGGAAGGACAGACGGUUCCUAUUUCCAUGUCCUGUUUAGGAAGCCAUAUAUGUCAGUCACCCCAUUACAAAUUAACGCAUUGAAAAUUCAGAGGAAAAUUUGGUUACAAUUGGGUAAAUAAAUUGUCUUAACACAAAGGGUGUUUCGUUUCAAUUUGCUAUUACUUCUCAGGAGAACGUCUCCGGAAGACGUUAUGUUUGCAAAUGAACAUCCUAAAUAUAAACGUUAACAUUUUCAUGGACUUUCACGUGUUUCGUAAUAAUGCCUGUCCCCAGUGCGCGAAUGAAUUUUUUUCUUCAUAAGCCAACAGCUACAUCAUUGCUAACGGUUUCCUGAAGAAGACACAAGCAGCAUUUACGUUGCAUCCUCAGUAUUCUACUGGCAGAUGCCCAGUUACAGUACAAUACAAAAAAGCUGGCACGCUGGAUUGUAAGUCAAAGUAAUCGGUUUCAUUAAUAUACACAUAUAUUAACAUUUUGGCUUACAUCCGUUUAUGUUCAUUAAUUGUCGCUCAGGCAGUAGUGAAUUCAGUUAUCUAAUUCGCAAAAAAUACAAUAGGUGGACAGUGGCGCCUUAAGCGUCAUUCUGCUUAUUGUUUAUCGAUUUGCACGAAAGUAUUUUGAGUCAAGACAUAAAAUUAAUUAACCUCUUGCAAUUUUAGCAGCUUUACGAAUUACUGUACAAAGUAUCGCAUUCUGUUAUUUCUUCUCUAGAUCCGCCGCUGGUUACUGGUGCAGUAUCAGUUUACGCAAAAGAAAUCCUCGAAAAUGAAAGGCUCAUUCACAUUCUGUUGUUCAAUGGAAAAGUUGCGGUAAUCAUCGGAAAUUGAUUUAAUCGUCUCAACUGCAUGAUUAAAAUAGUGCUGCGAAGUCUCUUACAUGAGAAACGUUAAUGUUGCGAGGAAAAGCAGUAGUAAGCGUAAUUCUAUACAUUAUUUAGAAGUGAAUAAAUACAUCAUAAGUAAAUAUCUUACUGUUAAUAUCACACGUCUGCCUCCAUUCCGAGUAGAUGCAUUUAUUUUAGCUAAAUUAACCUGGGCAGUAAAGCCAUUUCAAUGUUCCCAUUUCUACGCGUCUAUUCAAAUAAAAUAACCAUUCCAGCGCAAUUUCAUGUUUGCAAAAUUUCAGAACUUGACCUACGAAGGGCCAAAUUCAACAAAAACAAGAGAUGACAGUAGUAUAUCUCUGUUCGGGGCGACUGGUAAGUAUAUAAUUUGGUGUUCCCAAGGAUUUCCUAAAGGCAAUGUAAUUUGCGUUGGUUCUUGCAAAAUAUUUCAAACAAUGGAUUUUCACGCCGAACCGUUUUAACACAUGUUUAUGCGUGAUUCCAGGAUUAUACAUGAACGAAGUUGUACUAUUCACGGGACAUUUGAGAUCCGAAACGCGACAAAUGGAGAUACAGUUUACGACUAACAGGAUUACUCGUGUUACCAUAAAUCCUUCCAAUAAGCCGGAGGCCAUGGCUUUAGUGUUAACAAUCAUCGACUUCAUGCACGCAUUCCAGUGCACGAAGAAGUAGUUCCGGGUGUUGGAUGCACGAUUUUUUGAAUGGCAGUGUGUGGUUGAGGGUUGAUUUUAAUUUUAAUAAAGAUUUAUGCAUUAUGUUUUUUCAGUUUGAGCAUUCCAUAAUUGUGUGCCUUCAAACACGUUAUUAACAGCAGAAUUUAAACGGUCAGAAACAAGUAAAUUCUGGUUAUACAAUUCAAAAUAUCUUUAAGACGUUAAAUGAUUAGGGGCCGUCGAUCAACGGUUGUUUGCGGGCUAACUGAGGGGAUCAUAAAUGCAAUAGUUUCAAAUUUACGAACUCUUCAUAUCUGCUGAUCUCUCAAGUAAGGUUUUCUUUACGUUCCGUAUUUGCUGCGCUGACAAAUUGUCACAGAUUGGUUUGCUGUUUCUUGACAAGUAUCUAUGGCAUUUGCACAGUCGUUUACAUAAGCGUUUCUACUCAACUUGGCCUCUUAUAUUUAUUAUUGCAUGAAAAUUGUGGGCUGAAGAUUACAUUAUAUAAUGUUUCUGUACAAUGACAUUGAUAACCGUCAUAUGAAAUCCAUAUCAUGGCGUAAGUUUAAAUAGCAGUUGCGGCAAGCGCAUAUAUAAAUUUGGUAAGUGAACACAAACUAGAUUAUGUUAUUGGCGUGCCUGGAGUAAAUGGCUGAUCCUUUUAAAAAUAAAUUCAAGACUGCAGAUUUAGAUGAAAAAAAAACAGUUAUGUGGUAAACGACAGUGAAGGAAUUCGCUAUCGAAUAUCUAUAUCUUCACGCCGGGUUCCAGUGGGCGAGUGUAGUAGGUGCUGCAAAAGUCCACUUUUAGCAUAUAACAAUUCUCGCGCAAGUCACCGUCCCUGCUUCGCGCUUGCUGUGCAGCAUACGGAGUACUUCGUCGGCAACGACAGUUGAACCGUCAGUUAUCCACUCGUCUGUCAAGCACACUAAUGGUAGGCGAAUACGCAUAUACGCCGGCAUGGGAGUCCACUGUGGAAUGACGUUGCGAGGAAAAAUAUCAGCUCAGAAGACGAAGAUGCGAUCAAUGGAACUGCCACCUGGAAUCGCCUGUUCGCUUCUAUCAGCAAAAAUAGGAGUGUUUACUGUCGUGAUACAGCCCCUAUUUAGUUUAUCAAUCAACUGCAAUUUGACUUUAUGGCCAUUUCAAAACGAUGUUUCUUGAAUAUAUCAGUACAAAGACCACUUAACAACUGGAACUUUACUAUAAGAGCAAGCCUGUUCUGUCGGGCGGGGCGCAUGGGUCAAAUAUUUGUGUAUAAGACCAAUCUUCGCAGCAGGUCAUCGGACACCUUCAAGAAUCCAAACAUCUUCCCGAAACUAAGGGUACCAUACCUGUUCCAACUCUUCCAGAUGCGGCCAUGACUCCAGCGUUAACAUUCAUUGAAUUCGUGCACGCUUUCAAGAAGAAAUAGAAGAAACCCCACAUUACUGCUCCAUGUACGCUAUUAAAGUAGUAUCCAGGCGUCUCUCAAACACACCUACCGUAAGGGAAUGCCGACCUACGCCAGUGAUGGAAUCCCCUAUCGGAUGUCUAUAUCUUCACGCCGGGUCCCUGUGGGUGAGUAGGAGAGAGUGCGGUAGAUGCUGCGAAAGUCAACAUUUACUAUAAAAUAAUUCACGCGCAAGUCGCCAUCCCUGCUUCACACUUACUGUGGAGCACACGGUGGACAUCGUUUAAAACGACGGUCGAACUUUCGAGUGUCCACACGCCUCUUUAACACUACUCAUGAUUGGUGGGCGAGCAUAUAUGUCAACAAUGACGCUGCGAGGAGAAAUAGGAGCGUUGACUGGCGUGACGCAGUCCCCGUUUAAGUUGGCAAUCAUCAGUGAUUCGAAGUUACCGCAUUUUGAAAUGACCUUCACGGUAUCCAUCUAUGCCACGUCCACUUAACAACUGGAACCAGCCUGUGCCGUCCAUAGCCGAAGGGAAAGACGGUCGACUACGUCUUUGGACACCUUCUCGAAUACAUAUGCCUUUCCGAAUAUGCGUGUACCACAUACUCAAGUUAAGACAUAAUAAAUGCUCCCGGUAUGCCACCAAAUUUAGUAGUAUCUGGAUCUGCAAGCCAGCGCAUCGGCUUCACUAUUGACGUUGCCUGAAUUGUAACUUAGGAACACCAUACUGUUAUGUUGAGGUCAACUUUAACGAAACCUACAGGGUAUUUUUGUUUAUUUUCGGUUUUGAUUACUUGAUUGUCCGAGCGUUACUGUCAAAAAUAGGGUUUUCUCCUAUGCCUUGCUGUCACUAGUUGAUAGUGAAGUUCACGCAGAAGAUUUUGCGUGAUGUUUGCAGUUUAGUGUCUUAAUGUAAUAUCUGUUGGACUUCAUCUUCUUUUAUCAACUUCUGCAGCCUAACAUCAUCUCCAAAACAUGUCAUAUACGGCUUUAUUUUCGAUUCUACGUCAUUUGCGUAGAUAAUUUAGAGGGACGGCCCUAGAUCUGAUCCAUACGGAAAUUUACACUUACCGUUUGCCGAUUCUGAGCAGUAGCUAUCCACAGUAGCAUCCUGUUUAAGAUCGCUUAUGAAAUCUUGAAUCCAGUUUAGCUGCUUACCUCUAAUCCAUAAGUCUGACAUCUUUUAAGUUAUGCGCUUAUAUGAAACUCGAUCAAAAGCCCUACUAAAGUCAAAUUAAACGACCACAGCUUAGUUGUCUUCGUUCACGUAACUUGAGCGAUGUUCUCGCUGACCCGAGAUGAUAAGCAAUGGUUUCCCUAAUUUUUCAACUAUGAGAUGUAGGAGCGCUAGUGGAAUAUUAUCUGGUCGAGUACAACUUUUCUAACUCUGCCAAAACUAGCUGCGUCGUAAAUAAUGCUCUGUUCGACGUUUAGAAGCUCAUCAAUUAAAAUCGGCAUGUUAAACUUAAUAUUCUUAACUUGGGAACGUUGAGUUUUUGUUAACUUACUUCGGGUCACUUAUAAUCACUCAUUUGCUUUGUAUAUCAACGUGCAGGGAUUGUUCGACGUGCCGCCAAUUAUCUGCCCUUGACUAUGAGAAUAUUAUUCAGGAAUUACAGCUUACGACGAUCAAGCAGUGAACGACGAUCUUGAGUGUGAAAAUGACCGUGCCCAUCAUUACGGUUCUGAGUUAGACCUCGUACUGCAUCUAUUGUUUCAAACCGAGAGACCUUCACACACAUUGACAUAUGCUCUACUGUUGAAGAUGAAAUGGUUGGCAGCUCAAAUAAUACCAAACUGCAAUUCAAUGAAUACAGAUACUUGGGCCAAAUUUACCGAGGUCGGAGAGCUAACUACAGCUGAACGGGUAUUUGCAGUAGGCGUUCUCUUCAGCUAAAAUACAGAUUUUGGGAUUCACUGACAGGACGCGACGCACGUGCCUGCUUCUGGCGUCGCGCAACGUCGAUUGGUACUGAUUUAUCGUCCUGCUUGCGAUGAAAUGAAGAUGGGCUAAUCGUCCCCAUACGCACUGGCCUGCGUCUGGCCUGAUGCACUCUUAGUGAGCUGCCUAUGUAUUAUAUGUGGUAUGUGUCCGACGACACAGCGUUCGUUGUCGCCAGUAGCAAGCUGGCGGGCGGACAGAAUGGGAUCGAGUGAGAUCCUAACCACAGCAGUGAGGGUAAACUCCCAUUUGGGCUUUUAGCGCAACCAUUCGUUAAAUUAGAGGAUGGGCACUCGCUUUACGGAAGUAAUUUAUCCGGCAGCGCCUUGGGACUCUUUGUCGAGGCCGAUCAGCAUCCGCAUAGCAGCGCAGAAAAUAGGCAGAAUGACAGUACCGUCAAAGACAAUGGAGGAUGGAACGGCCUUUUCUGGCUUGUUAGCCCUCAACAGCCAGUACUCCGAUUAAGUAAUCAAAAAGGGCCUAAGUUAAAAUAAUAUUGGCACAGCUAGAGCUCAGUUUAAUUCCUAAAGCUACUAAUUGUAUUAGUGAACUCAGACCUACAAGAACGACAGAAGAACGGCUGAUGUAUUACGCGAUUUUUGAUUUUCUGUUCAUCCUCUACAACUUGCUGCAGAUAUGAGAGCCCGGGGACUAUCGCUUAACAAUCAAGGGCUCAAUCAGAAUCGAUCAGUCUGAGUCCAUUCCCUAAAAUAAUUUUGAAACUCUCAGGAAGCCGACACGCUUAGCGUUUGUAGUUCACACAAAAUAUAGUUGAUAGUAAAUAACAUUUCCAUGGUUAAAUAAUGGAGGUGUACAGCAGUGAACCCUUGGUCUUAUAUUUCGGCAUGGUCGAUCUAUUCAAAGACAGUUUUUAAACCCUAGGCGAUUUUGAAGACUUACAGGUGCCGCAAGGUGACUUUAGCAUUGCUUGAGCACGAAGUUACAUUUUCCGUGUCAUGCUUCUAAACCGCACAUUCAAACAUAAGUGUUUAAGGUGCAAAUGACACGUGGGACUUUUGGUUUGGAUUGAUUUGUCCACAUAUGAAAAUCGACAGGGCAACGGGCUCGUGACCCAGUUGUUAAAGGCGUGGACAUCUAGCUAACAGGUCGCGAGUUCGAGCCUCGGCUGUUCCACAUUUCGGAGUUGGGUAUGGCUGGCUGACGACGGCUAAUAAGCCAGAAAUGACCAUUCUAGUCUCCCUUGUCUUGGUCGGUAAUACCAUUCUGCCUAUAUCAUGUGCUCAUCUGCGGUUGCUCGUUGGGCUCGAGAGAGAGCUCGUAAGGCACAACGGAACGAGUGAGUUCCGUAAGGACGAUCGGUGAGUGCCACCUAUCAUAUAAAUAUAUUGGAGGCAGAGGCGUUCUUUGAGAAAAGGUACUUUAUUGCGUGAAUUUUCGACGCCGGUUCCCCAGGUCGUCGUCAGACGCAGACUGAGAGUAACUGUGCCAACAACAGUUAAUAUCUGGGAGUGCACAUUAAAAAUCGAUAAUCAUUCGCGUUUGCGCCCGUGAGCGGCCGCUAUUUGCGUCAUUUCGUCCCGAUUGACUCUCCUCUCUUCCUUUUCUUCUUGGGACUUUUGUACGCGACAUUCAACUCGAUAUGACGGUUGAUGCACGAUUCAUCAGAGUGCCAGGACUCAAGGAACUCUCGGCCUUUCUUGAAGGGGCAGGCACCGACAAUCCGUGUUCUGUCCCAACCAAACGCAUGCCCCGUGUCCAAAGUACGCAUGGCUACUUGGGAAGGUGGUCUCGCCUCUUUACUGCAAGUUAGUGUUCGUGAAUGCGUGUGGAGGCGGAUUUUCCUGUUUUACCACAAUAAACUGCAUCACAGGCCUCACAUGGGAUCUUGUAGACGACUUCAUUUCUAUCCAACUAGUCGACCCUAUCAUUAGGGUGUACUAUCUGAGUACUUAGUGUAGUCGUUGGUCUGUGUGCCACCAGCAUUUGGUGCCUCUUAAGGUGCCUUUCCAUGAAGUCAGACACGUUUAUGAUGUAAGAGAGGGUUCGCCAUGUAUUUGGCUUGGGUGUCUGACUGGAGGCUCUUUGCUCCCUUUCCUUUGACUCUUUCAGUCUCAUGCAUCGGCGCACAAAAUUCUUGGGGUACCCAUUUCGGGAAAAUAAUUCACACAAGUCCAAUUAUAUUUCAUGGAUAACAUGCAUAAAAAUAUUCAUUCUUUUGCUCAUUCGGUAGAUAAUUACGUCUUCCUCUAAUUUAAUAGUCGAAAGAGUGAUACAAUUCGGUUUUAAGAAAGCUUCUAAUUGUGGGAGUUUUAAAUAUCGUAAGAAGGUGGUUCAUAAUUUGUCAUGUCUCUUCAUUUACCAAUAUGGCUUUUAAAGUUAACACUAUGGCCCAAAUCCACUGUCACAUUUAAUGAACCCUAUAUGGCCUCCUCUUAAUAUGGUUUUCCGUACGCGGAAAAUAUGUGCCUUGUGGUUUGGAAACCCUGAAUCCAAGUGUAACGGUCGAGCGGGUUCAAAAUUAUUCGGGUAUUAGAUAAUUCCUUGAAAACCGAAUUAUAACCUUCCUUCGAGUGCAUACAUGGAAGCAAGUGUAAUUGUCUAAUAAAUGAACGAAUGAAUGAAUAUUUUUAUGCAUGUUUUCCAUGAAAUAUAAAUGGACAUUUAGGGGCAUCGAAAAUCAAUGAGAAAACUUCAUUCUACUUAAGUAGUCUUUUUUCUUGUAUGUAGUUUUUUUAUGCAGAAGAAAAGAAAUUCAUUCGAAAGUCGGCAUCAUGAGUUAGCUGAAAUAUUAUAGAAUUAGGAAGCAGGCUGACUAAUUUUACAACCCUACUUAAUUAAUUUUGUUAAACGAUAACGCAUUUUGGAAUUUCGGUUGACAUUUCAUGAGUUGGCCCACCUACUGUAAUCUCGGCCCAUUUACACGAAACAUAGCCUGUGCGGGUUAUUACUGAUACCAGGAACGGGCAUAUUUGUUCUCGGAGCUAUACGGUCCAUCGAAGACCCGUCAGGUUUUUACACAUUCAUUGAAAGUCAACCAUUGUCAUCAACGAUGUCUACCGUGUGAUUUAAAGCAUCGUAGUCGCAAGGAAAGUAACUUGCACCUGAAUUAUUGUAUAGAGACAUUAGAUUUGAGCGACAUCUAACUCACUCUCGCUCUCCUCAUUCACCCUCUGCUCGAUAUCGAGGCAGGAUCAGGAGGACCGGAUGCGGCGUCGGACGCAGAGCAUCUGCGCGUUCUUGUGGCCCAAGUGGAAAGGAGCACCACAAAAAGAGGGGGUCGUUACAGAGUGACUGUCCAUAAAGUCAUCCCGUCAGAUGUCAGUCUUCCAAGUUUGUGGGUGCGUUCGUUUGUUUAAAGUGAAGAAUAUGCCGUAAAGACUCCGGCCCAAAAGUCAAACUGGCUCUCUUUUCUCUCACCCAGCCACCUGUCGCCUGUCCGAGCUGGUUAGUCAUCCGAUACGGGUAUUGGGCGAACGUCAUCAACAGAAUUCGACAUCUUAUCACGCGCGAUCUGUUUCCCUACACAGGCGUUUGCACGAACUUGGUGGCUGUCUCGGAUCUCAUGUGCGUGAAUGUGUUAUAGAGGCUGUAGUAGAAAGGAGUCAAUCCAACCUGACUGCCAUGUUAACAGACAUGGUGAGUUGACUGCGAUGUCUGAAUCGAAUCCGUAAUAGUCAGCCUUCGAAUGCACGACGUGUAGUGCGUCUUGGUAGAUUCCAGCAUGGGUAUGCGCUCCUUUUUGCGACGGUCAAAGAAACGAAUGAAAGAAAGAAUAAUUGUGUUCAAGUUUUUCAUCAAAUAUAUUUGAUUUUAUAAAAUCAUCGAAAACCAAUGUGAAAAACGCAUGCUAGAUAAGUAGUAUUCUUUUACCGAGUACGGUUUCUACAGGAGAUUGAAAGGAUCUGCCUUUAGAAGCCGACAUCCUGCCGAGUCCGAAAUACUAUAGGAUUAUGCCGCGGGAUAAUCAAGCAUGCAACCCCACCUUAGUAAUCCUUCCAAAUCAAAAACGCAUUUCAGAUAUUUAGCCAGCAUUUAAUGAGAUCGGUCAUUCACUGUUAGUUGAAUAGCGGAUUUACUGAAUCUGCAGGCGCAAUAAGCUCUCUCUCUCUCUUCCUGCCUAUCCUUCUUCCCCUCCUCCUCCUCCUCCUCCUCCUCCUCCUCCUCCUCCUCCUCCUCCAAGCCGCCGCCGCAGUCUGCAGACUGGUAGGGUGAGUCUGCUCACUCUGGCAGCCUGGAAUGUCCGUUCCCUUUUAGACAUUCCGAUGAGCAAUCGACCGGAACGGAGGACAGCGUUAGUGACUCAGGAACUGGCGCGCUACAAGGUGGAUAUCACCGCACUCAGCAAGACCCGGUUCUACAAACAAGGCCAACGGGAGGAGGUGGAUGCCGGCUACACCUUCUCCUGGAGCGGCCGCCCUAGGACAGAGCGACGAGCUGCGGAUGUCGCCUUCGCCAUCCGGAACGACAUCGUGGGACGACGGCCCUGUGUACCGCAGGACGUCAACGAUCGCCUGAUGUGCUCCGCCUGCCUCUCUGAGCAGGAAAUUUGCCACCAUCAUCAGCGCCUACGCUCAGCCGAUGUCCCGCCCUGA